AUGCGCCCUAAGCGAAUCAGUUGCAAACUAAGGAAGGUGAGCUUGAAGCAGGCAGGGACCCACAACAAACGGGGACCCUUCCAAUGCCACAUUCUCCCUCUUGCCAUCCUCCUGGCCUACCUGCGGGUUCUGAACGUGGGUCACACUGUUGCAUCGAACCCCACAUUCCGUUUACGAACCGGCUCCCUGCCAGCUAGGUAGUUUUGAGGAGGGAUGGGGGCCGUGAGCACACAACACGCCCCAUAUUGCAGGACUCCUAUAACCCCUGACUAUCGGCCAUGGCGGCUGCGCUUGCGGGGAGUGCAGUCCGAUACCUCGAGGGCUGCUUAUUACCCCUCGCGGCUUUAAGCGCCUUUGGGGGGGCUGCCCCAUUUCCUAGCCUGCAGACUUUGGGUACUCCAGACGCUUCAGCGGGAUUUCAGCUCUGCGCUGCUUCCUGGCCUAGAAACCUGCUUCCUUGUAUCAGAGGAGCGCUAAAUAUAUACAAAUAUUAUUUUUAUUUUUUUGAUGGGGGCGGGCGAUCGGCCGUUGUCUGUCGGGUCUGGAUUCAUUUACUGACAGGAUCUUGCUAACAAUCGCGGGAACCGUGUAAACCCCACUGGAUUCACGCUCCGCAAUCCUGAACACACUUGCUGGGGAGUAAGCCGGCUGAACGUGGUGGGAUUUCCUUCGGAGUAAGGGUGCCCAGGGCAACGCUGGGAGCGGGCGCUUUGAGGCUGCGCGACCCUAUCGCUCUCCUCCGCGAAGCAGCUCCGGAGAGAGAACACACCAUGUUCAAUAUAGCCCGACACACUUUUCUUCCUUUCUCUCUCUUUCCUUCAGCACAAACCGAGGCGGCAUCCGGGCCGGCUCUUCCCCCGCCAGAGGGCGUCGCGGGCACCUGCUCAGGCCUCCUCCUUUCCUUUUCCGGCCGGCCGAGCGCUUCGGUUUUCCGGGGCUGGCUGAGGCGAUGGCGGCAGGAGGCGCCGAUGCUGUGGAUGUGGAGGAGGAUGCGUCCCAGCUCUUAUUUCCCAAGGGUGAGCGGCUGGGCCUUCGGGAGGCGCAGGAGACGCGAGGCGCCCCUGGCCUUGUCCCGGAGGAGACCUCGGCUUGUGAGGGAGCAAAGAGGCAGCAGGAGUCUUGCCUGGAGGGGAGCAACAUUCCUCAUUCUCGGCUGUAAAAAGCGUUCGUGUAUCGCUAGCCUCAUUCGCACCAUACGUUGAAAGCGACAUGGUACCGCUUUAAUAAUAAUGAUGAUGAUGAUGAUGAUGAUGAUGAUAAUAAUAAUGGCUCCCCGCCCCCAAAUAAUUCGGGGAGCUGUGGUUUGUUAAGGGUAAUGAGACUUGUUAGGAGACACCCCUAUUUCCCCUCACGGAGCUGCGGUUUCAGAGUGAUUUUAACCAACAGUUCUUCUUCACAAGGAACUCUGUAAAUGGUGGCUCUGGAUGGGGGAAUAAGGGUCUCGGCGCCCUUAGCAAAACUACAGCUCCCAGAAUUGUUUGCGGGAAGCCCUAUCCGCUUAACGUGGCACCAUACUAGUUUUAAAUGCACGGUGCGAAUGUGUCUACUCUCUGUUCCUGUUGUCCGAGGCAAGCGCUGCAGCAGUUUUGAAGUUGAGCAUCUCUGGCCCUUCCCUGGAUGGGAGGCUGUUUAGUAUUCUGUUGUAUGCUACAUAUACAAUUGUUGUAUAAACUGUAGAUAAAUAUAUGGCUCUGUUUCUGGGGUCCAUGCCAUGCAGUUACUUUGAUUGUUGGUUUAUAGUUCACACUCUCAGAACAGCUGCCUUGAGCAAGCAACAAAACAGUAUGUUUGUUUUGUUUGCUUUUUGUCUUUCAAAGCAGCAUAGGAUGCCUUCUGUGUUCCAAAGCAAUCUGAGGCCCUUUUUUAAGAUUCAAGUUUUAUAUGUGCUAGAACAUUGGAAAUAUUUUCACAUUUACAUGUGUGUUGAAGUAUUCUGGAGAAGCAUGUGACUGUACUGCACAAAUAAUUGAGCUGGAGAAUGAUCUAGUUUUGUAAAUUUGGCAGGAUGGGCCAGAUAAUUAUUAUUGUCUUUACAUCAAGAGGUAUAAUUUGUGUAUAACUGGAUCUUAAUAUGGGGUAGUAGAAUAGAUGGUACCACUUUAAGCACGUAUUUGAAUGCUCCCACAGGUACAUCAAAGAGACGAUUGAGCUAUAAUCUUUCUUUCAUAUGUUUUCUCAAUGGAGUGAGUGGGUUUUAUGUGUCAGAUCAUUCAAAAAUAGUAUUCUCUACCCACCACCUGAAGUGCUACUACCAUAUGUGUACCCCGCGAGGCUUAAGUGUUACCAAUGGUGGUGUGUUUUUCUGUGCCUUUUGAACUAUCAGUUUCUUCCUCACCCAUCUUUGCAUAUAGAAUUUGAGACUGCCGAAACCCUUCUAAAUUCAGAAGUGCACAUGCUUCUUGAACAUCGGAAACAGCAGAAUGAGAGUGCAGAAGAUGAGCAGGAGCUCUCAGAAGUAUUCAUGAAAACCUUGAACUAUACUGCUCGCUUCAGCCGCUUCAAAAACCGGGAGACUAUUGCUAGUGUCCGCAGGUGAAUAAUUUUUCAAAUAAAUUAUUUUUCAUGGGCUAAUGUGGGAGUGAAUGCAAAAGAAGCUGAACAAAUAAAACCUUUUCCCGAAUGCAAAUACAUUUAUUUCUAGCAUUAAAUGAAGGUAUUUUGUAAGUUGGUUUUAUUUCACAAUUGAAAGUAAUGUGCAGGUGUGACAUCUGUUGAGUCCUUUUAGCAUCAUAUUUGCAUUAAGUGGAGUUUAGCAUAGCUUCUACAUGUGAAUGAAGAAUAGCAUUUCCUAGACUGCUCUUCAUCUAAAGCCCCCUGGUGUGCUUCAGAUUUAAAAGUCUAUAACAUGUAAUGUUAAACUAUAGUUUAAUGCUAUAUGUAUGACCAGGAAUGAGCUCACUCAAGUCUUGGAUUUGCAUGCUCCCUCUUCCUACAGGUGAAACUCGAAAAAUUAGAAUAUUGUGGAAAAGUUCAUUUAUUUCAGUAAUUCAACUUAAAAGGUGAAACUAAUAUAUGAGAUAGACUCAUGACAUGCAAAGCGAGAUAUGUCAAGCCUUUAUUUGUUAUAAUUGUGAUGUUUAUGGCGUACAGCUGAUGAAAACCCCAAAUUAACAAUCUCAGAAAAUUAGAAUAUUAAAUGACAUCAGCAAAACCAGGACUGCAAAUAGAGCAAUAUUGGACCUCUAAGAAAUAGAAGCAUGCACAUGUACUCAGUACUUGGUUUGGGCCCCUUUUGCAUCAAUUACUGCCUCAAUGCAGCGUGGCAUGGAUGCUAUCAGCUUGUGGCACUGCUGAGGUGUUAUGGAAGACCAGGAAGCUUCAAUAGCAGCCUUCAGCUCUUCUACAUUGCUCGGUCUCAUGUCUCUCAUCUUUCUCUUGGCAAUGCCCCAUAGAUUCUCUAUGGGGUUCAGGUCAGGUGGGUUUGCUGGCCAAUCAAGCACAGUAAUCCCAUGGGCACUGAACCAGGUUUUGAUACUUUUGGCAGUGUGGGCAGGUGACAAAGUCCUGCUGGAAAAUGAAAUCAGCAUCCCCAUAAAGCUCGUCUGCGGAAGGAAGCAUGAAGUGCUCCAAAAUCUCUUGGUAGAUGGCUGCGUUGACCCUGGACUUAAUGAAGCACAGUGGACCAACACCAGCUGAUGACAUGGCUCCCCAAAUCAACACAGACUGUGGAAACUUCACAUUGGACUUCAAGCAUCUGGCAUUGUGUGCCUCCCCAUUCUUCCUCCAGACUCUGGGUCCUUCGUUUCCAAGUGAGAUGCAAAAGCUGCUCUCAUCAGAAAAGAGAUUUGGGGAGCCAUGCCAUCAGCUGGUGUUGGUCCGCUGUGCUUCAUUAAGCCCAGGGUCAACGUAGCUGUCUACCAGGAGAUUUUGGAGCACUUCAUGCUUCCUUCCGCAGACGAGCUUUAUGGGUAUGCUGAUUUCAUUUUCCAAUAGGACUUUGUCACCUGCCUAGACUGCCAAAAGUAUCAAAACCUGGUUCAGUGCCCAUGGGAUUACUGUGCUUGAUUGGCCAGCAAACCCACCUGACCUGAACCCCAUAGAGAAUCUAUGGGGCAUUGCCAAGAGAAAGAUGAGAGGAGAAGAAGAAGAAGAAGAAGAAGAAGAGUUUGGAUUUGAUAUCCCGCCUUUCACUUCCUUUAAGGAGUCUCAAAGCGGCUAACAUUCUCCUUUCCCUUCCUCCCCCACAACAAACACUCUGUGAGGUGAGUGGGGCUGAGAGACUUCAAAGAAGUGUGACUGGCCCAAGGUCACCCAGGAGCUGCAUGUGGAGGAGCGGGGACGCGAACCCGGUUCCCCAGAUUACGUGACUACCGCUCUUAACCACUACACCACACUGGCUCUCAUGAGAGACAUGAGACCGAGCAAUGUAGAAGAGCUGAAGGCUGCUAUUGAAGCUUCCUGGUCUUCCAUAACACCUCAGCAGUGCCACAAGCUGAUAGCAUCCAUGCCACGCCGCAUUGAGGCAGUAAUUGAUGCAAAAGGGGCCCAAACCAAGUACUGAGUACAUGUGCAUGCUUCUAUUUCUCAGAGGUCCAAUAUUGCUCUAUUUGCAGUCCUGGUUUUGCUGAUUUCAUUUAAUAGUCUAAUUUUCUGAGAUUGUUAAUUUGGGGUUUUCAUCAGCUGUACGCCAUAAACAUCACAAUUAUAACAAAUAAAGGCUUGACAUAUCUUGCUUUGCAUGUCAUGAGUCUAUCUCAUAUAUUAGUUUCACCUUUUAAGUUGAAUUACUGAAAUAAAUGAACUUUUCCACAAUAUUCUAAUUUUUCGAGUUUCACCUGUAUGUGGCCUGGGGGAGAAUUUUGACAGUAUUUCAUUUUCAUUUGAUAGAAUCCUGACUUGUAAAUGCAUAGAAACCAGAUUUUGUUAUAAACCAUGACAUUUGGUUUAUAUGCAAUAGCAAGCUGGGUUUCUUGGAAACAAAACUAGAGACUGCUGAAGUUCUCCCCCUGGUCAUGCAGGCAGAAGAGAGUGAAGGAAGGAGCGUGAGAGCCUGAGUAUAACUUGGGUUCAUCUCAGUUCAUGCACAUAGUACUAAGCCAUAGAAUCUAGAGCAAAGCUUUCCUAAUAGUGUCGCGACAUGUUAGUGUGUCAGCUGCAGUGUGUAGGUUUGUCAUGUGAACCCUCCCCAUGCUCCUCCUGGGGCUGGAAAGGGGUUAGUUUAACUUCUGGUUUGCUAGUAAAACUGAAUUACUGUGGCGCAAAAUGAUGCAUAUCUAGAAAGUGUAUCAUCAACAUGAAAAGUUUGGAAAGCUCUGACGUAGAGCCAUGAGUUCUUUCCAUGUUAUUUCUUUAGUUGAUGCUUAUGUAGUUCGUAGGAUUAUAACUCACAAGAUUUGUCACUUUCAGUCUUCUAAGGGUAGGAUUCAACAUUCCUUCCGCUAGUCUAGAACUGAUACAAUUGCCUCUUAAGCUAAAGAAUUAGCAACAUUACUUAUCUAGCCUAGCUUGGGCCGUACUUUGUUUGGUUGCAUUUAUUGGGCAGAUGUACAGAUCUCCACCACCUUGUACUAAUCUAACUGGACAAUAUGGCUGAAGGAUCUGAUGCUGUGCUGAUUUUGCUCUUCCAUGUGGUAGUGAUUGAUAACUGGCACACUAUUCCUAACCAGCAUUGAGUAGGAAAUAGACUAAUACAAUAUGCAAAUGUAAUCACUGACUGCCAGCAGCUUCAGAGCCAUAGUGGGAAAGGGCUUCCCUAAUGGUGAACUUCCAAAAGGCAUCUGAUGGUUCAAUGUGGAAAGCAGGGUGUAGGUGUAGAUAGAUAAUUGAGCUGAUUCAAAAGAGCUAUUGUUUUUCCUUCUUCAAUUAAUUUUUCCUUAGUAUAAGCAUGAUUCCUUCUAGAGCCCAUGAUUUUAAACUUUUGUCUCUUAUCUACUUAUUAUAACUCUUGUACAUGCUCGAAAUCUGGAAAGUGUUCACUGAUUCUGUUCACUGUUAGUGGCUGUGUGUGCUUUUAUGUCAAAGCACUCAGAUAAACCCUAUGUUUCAAAGUUGUUAUAGGCAAUGGGUUGCCACUUGUCCAAGCAGUUUCUUCUUUGCCCUUUGGAACAAUAACCAUGUAAUUCUGCAUGUUUCCUCAGAAGUAAGUCCCAUUGAGUUCAAUGGGGCUUACUCAAAAGUAUGUGGGAAUAGAAUUGCUGCCUAAAUAGAUGUGGAGUUGGUACUUACUUACAUUUAUUAAAAGCACUGUGAAUUGACAGAAACAUUUGGAAAUCUAGUGGGUUCCCUCUUGUUGAUAGGAAUGCCAUCCUUCUGAAAUCCUAACCAGAUUUGUUAAAGAAGUAACUUUCAGUUAAAGUGAUCUAUCUAUCUAUCUAUCUAUCUAGGAAUACUAAUUUUGGUGGAGUAAAUAGUAAGCAACUGUUACUUUUUCUUUGAAGCAGGUUACAAUAUAAAGCCAUGUAUUUACUUUUAGUAUUUUUGUGAUACUUUUGUGUGAUCUUUUCAUAGACUAUAUAUACCAGGCAUCCCUAGCUAACAGGACCAGUGGUCAGGAAUGAUGGGAGUUGUAGUCCCAAAACAUCUGGAGGGCCAAGUUUGCCUAUGCCUGAUAUAUGCUGAUAAAAAUAAAUCCGUAAUCCUUUUUGAGUAGCUGUACUGUUUUUUCCUGCAACUUCUGUUCUCUUCUGUAUUCCAUUUUUUACAUACAUAGUUUAUUUUAUUUGUUCCUGCAGUUUGUUACUCCAGAAGAAGCUCCAUAAAUUUGAAUUGGCUUGUUUAGCUAAUUUAUGUCCUGAGACAGCUGAGGAGGCCAAAGCUUUAAUUCCCAGGUGAGUCACCCCAGGUGAAAGGAUUCACUUCAUGCGCCAAAGGGUUUGUAAAGCAUGAACAACUAAAAAGUCAGAGUAAUGGUUCUACAGUUGGAUUUAAGGUUAGCAUACCAGCCAGUUAACUGGUCAAUAUAUUUUCAAUUGACUGCCUAUUAUUUGACCAUGAUCAAGCAUCUCUUGAAGCCCUGCUGCCUAUUUAGCUCAACUGUCUUUUAAAAACUGGUUAGCUUUUUCAAUAAUUUUUGAUACUAUGUUUUGUUCUUAUUUCUUUUUUUAAUGUAAUUUAUAGCUUUACCUUUGUAGGAUAAUGCCCAAAAGUACAAUCCACAUUUUCAGAAAUCUUACCUGACAUUGGCUACACUGAGACAAUCCUCCAGACCAUAAUCAAAUCAGAUAUGAGUCCUGUGCUCUUAACACUCCCCCUCACCAUGCAACUUAAUACAUUAUUCAUAGUUUUUCCCUUUCAGGAAACUUGAGCAUCAACUCUUAAAAAAGAGAGAAACUUAACCAUCGCUUGCUUCUGUCUUUCAGCUUAGAGGGUCGGUUUGAAGAUGAAGAGUUGCAGCAGAUUCUUGAUGACAUUCAGACCAAGCGAAGUUUUCAGUAUUAGAAGGAACAACCAGAUCCUCCAAACUCUGAACAUUGAAAAAGAUAAAUCUAAAAUCAUUCAUUUGUUUCUAUACCUCUCUGGACCAGUCCUGACUAUCUCUCAAUAGAAAAGAGAAGCUCAUGUAGGGUGAUGACAUGCUGUUAAAAAGGGUUUCUUAGCUCUUUGGACUUGUUGAAUGUUGAGAGAGUUGGCAAGACUAAUGUGGUAUGAGCCACAGAACUCUGAAAAGUUUGCCUUGAUUAGUUUAAUAUUUGUUUCCAAACUUUGUCUUCCUCCUGGGAAUAUACAAAAUGUUUAUGGGGCCAGACAGAAUGAACAUAUGUGGCCCAUGAUAGGAGAAACUUUUCCUAUUAUAUUUUGAGAAUUGUAAUAGUAGAAUCAGGAUAGAUAAAUUUGUGUGGUUUUUUGAUCAAAAGCCUGAGUUUUUCUUUUAACAAUAAUUUUGUACAAUUGUUUGUGAAUUAAAGUAUAGUAUUUCUAAUGAGGGGUCUGUGAUUUGUGAAUGUUCUCAUUCACUCAUUGUUUAUACAAAAGUCCUGUUGUCUUGAGGAAAUACUCUGCAAGGGGUGGAUGAAUACAAGGAGCUGAAGGAAUUUGUUGGAUUAUUAAAUUGCAUAUAGUAUUUUUGCUGUAUGUUGGUAAAUUGAUGUAAAGUUAUUUAUUGUAUACAUACAUUGCUAUAAACAAUAAUUGCACAUACAAUGUAUGUAUGUCGGAGAGAGAAAAAUAAUACUUUUGUGUUUUGGGAAGUGUGACUGGAAAUGUCAAACUGGGUGAAUGAGCUACCAUAAGUAGCACUUCUUAGUUUUGUAGUGUGAAAGGAAACUGCUGGCAGAACCAUGGGGCUCAUAAAGGUAGAAACAUGAUCCAUGCCCUACACUUAGGCGGAAAUGCACUAAUGUUACAGAAAUUGCAUGUUACAAUACGUCAGUCAGCUGUCAUAAAUGAUAAGAUGUCCCUCAUCCAGCUGGCAACAGUGACUGAGGAAUGAAUCAGCUUACUCCAUUUCCUCCACCUGCAGAAUCACUUCUAAUGGUAUUUUAUUUAUUCAUUACUUUUAUUUAUUAACAUCAUUUAUAUGCCACCCAAUAACAGUAGCCUACAAGCAUUAAAACAUUAAAAUACAGCAAUAAGCUGUGAAAGGUUUGCUGAACUAGUCUCUUUACUCAAGCCUGACCAAGUGAAUAAAACAGGGGAAAGUCAGGAGUAAUAACCUUAGCAUUUAGUAAAAAAUAUCAGUGUGUGCAGAAGCAAACAAGCUGAAGCAAUCUGAUACAUUUUGAUUAGAUUUUUCUUUCUGCUAGACAGUAACCAAUAAUCAUCACUCACAAGCUGCAGCAGUGGAAUGAUUACACUGGAAAAGCUUAUAUAUGAAACCACUUGUUUUUGUACCAAAAACCUAGUAUUUAAUUUGUCAAGGAGUGUCAAGAUUGGAGUGUCAAGAUUUUUAAAAGACGUAAAACCUUGUCAAAAUUUGGUCUGAUCUCAAUCCACUAAGAAUCACAUUGAAGUUUUUUUUUUUGUUGAAUCUUGUUUGAAAACUACUCAUGCAAUACCACCAGUCAUAACAGCUUCCAUAAGCUUUUUGUCUUGCGCCUGAAAUAUUUAAGGUUGUGGGUUUUUUGUGGGGGGGCUGCCCAAUUGUUCUGCGUAAUGAUUUGUAAACAUAAAAUCCUAAACUUCUUGGAUUCUACCUUUUCCACAUCUAUUAGUAAAAGUUGGGGGAGGGGGAAUAAACCCUCUGAGCUAUUCCAAUGCAAAUAUUAAACUAAAUUUGGGGAACGAGAGCUACUUUAUACCGCACUUCUAGUGGCCAGAUUCUUUUGCCCUUUUGGAGAUGCUUCCUAUUCCCUUAGUUCCCUUUCCAAACUGUGUGUUGUGACAUAUUAGCGAGUCAGCUGCAGUGUGUAGUUGUGUCCCUAUACAUUUCAUUAUUAAAUUUAUGUAUGUUUCCGUAUUAUAAGGGGUUAGUUUAACCUCCGGUUUGCUAGUAAAACUGAAUUACUGUGUCACGAAAUGAUGCAUGUAUAAAAAGUGUGUCACCAACAUGAAAAGUCUGGAAAGCUCUGCAUUAGUUCCCAGCCAUACCAAGCUGAGGCUUUUAAAUUGUCUUGUGCAGAAGCUAUUACCAACUGACAGAGUAGGAAGCACAUCUUAUUGCCAUGGAAAGCGGGGAUUAGUUUUGCUUUGCAAUAGAAGACAAACCAAGGGCUGGUGUAGAUUUGUGCUCGUUACUGGAGCAUAUAUAAGGGAUACAAAGAGACUUAGGAUGUGGCAACCUUGCACCGCCCUGUCUCACUCCAUUGGCAAUACACACCAAGUUUCCAUGAGCAGUGUGGUCUUGAUACUUCACCUCCAUUUGCACUGGCUACCUAUGGCCCUUUAAGCUGUCUUGCUAUGGUUACCUCUAUCUUUUUACUUGCUAUGGUUAGGAUUGGUUCCUUAACCCCCUAGUUUUUAUCUGCUGCAGAAAAUUGUGCAAAUUGGCCUUCCUUCCCAUCUUGUAUUUUUACAUCCCAAACCUAUGGAAUUAUUAGGCUUGCCUAAGUCUACUGACUGCAUUAGAGAUGGAGAUAGAAAACUACUGAGGUAAUAUCUUGAUUUCUUGUGAUGACUGAGAUAACUCAUUAAUUAAUUCUUCGUAAACUACUUUGUGGGCUUUUUUUAUUGCACCAUACAAUCCUCUCCUCUUUAAAAACCUCUUUAUGUACGUGUAGGGUUUGCUUUCUCUCUUCUCUCUGCACCCCCAAUCUUGGUUUUUCCUGCCAGGAGAACAAGGGAGGGGUGCCUGUGGUCAGGUGUCAUUGGGCUCCAACUUCCACCAUCCCUGGCCAUUGUCCAUGCUGGCUGGGGCUGGAACACUCCUUUUCUCACUCCUCUUCUGGACUAUAAUCAGCACAGAAACAAUCCUUCUAAAAGUCAAAGAAUCACCACUAUUUGGAGACCUUUUGGGAAGUCUAAUAAGGGUUUAAACUGCUGCUCCCACUCCCCGGCCUGCUUUCCAUGGUAAGUCCUUCCCGUUCCGCCACAGCAGCCGGAAACCCGUCGCAAGAAGAUGUCGUCACUUAUUCAGAAGGAGUACGCGCAUGCUCAGCGCCUUCGCUCUCCUCCCUCCCUUUGGCUGGUCCCCUCCGCGCGCGCGCGCGAUGACGUCGUUCAUGUGCACCGCCUCCGGUCGCUGGUGGGGAAGAUGGCGGAUGGUGGCGACGGCUCGUGAGGCAGCAGCUUCCGGGAUAGGCGAGCUCUAGGUUUUUGGGCCCCGCGUACGGGGCUCUGUGAGCGGCUGCUUUGUAAGUUUUUCUCCUGGAGGCGGUGGGGAGGCGGGGGUGCGGGAGGGAAGGAACCCCGGCGACCCGGAAGACCGCCGCGGCUUCCGCCAUCUUUAGGCCGCGAGAGGUGCCGCUGUUACGCUAUUGGCGGCGGAGGGGCCUGUGGCUGAAAGCCGGGGCAGGAGGAGGACGUUGUGAGGAGAGCGGGAGAGAGGCCGGCGUGGGGUUAGGAGCGAAAGUUUGAAAAGAGCCAGUCGAAGCCCGGUAGGGGAAAGCCGACCAUCCUUCUGCCCUGCUGUUUCGGGCGCAAUAAGUAAUUUCGGCCUCGCCCUAAGAUCCACAAGAGUUGCUGAAGAGUGCCUUGGGUGUAGGGUAGCAGCUGUGUGUGGGAUCGGCGCUUUGGGAUCCUUUCCAUUCAGAGCGCACCUCAGCCGCUCACUCGCUAGGUGUCCCUAAGAUCAACGCCGCCUUACCAACCUCAUCUCCUCGUUUGUAAAGGGGUGGGGGUCUGAUUAUGACAGGCUACCUUACAGGGGUGUUGUAAGGGUCAAUCACUUAUAGAUGUGUAGGACGCUUUAGGGACCUUUAACAUAUGCUAGGUAGAUGAUAAAUACAUGCUUCAUAUAAUUAUUUGGGAGUGUAACUUCUUGGUGUGCAAACAUGCAGGGUUUCAAGUAGCAUUCGAUUUAAGCAAAACAAGUAGCACCUAUAACUAAGAACAAGGUCAGGCUGUGUUCCUGAGUGCACUAUUUGGCAAAAGCUCAAUUGAGUACAAUGGGACCUAAUUUGAAUAAGCAUGCAUAGGAUUGCACUUUUGCUGUCAGUUGUUAGUUUAAGAGCCAAUAAGAUGUAUUAAAAAUGCAAACAUAUUAAAUAUAUAUUUCCAUCGUGCAGGAACCUUAUGAAUAUGUUAGGAAAGAAUAAUACUUUUGCAUUUUUUAAAUGUUAGAACAGCAUAUGCACUGAGAAAUUCAAUUCAAGUUCUAGAAAUUGGUUAGGAUCAGAUUUCUUACCAGUUACACUCUUACGUUGAAUAAGUACUUGCUAACUUAUUUUAUCAAGAAGUCAUGAUUCCACAAUUUUCAAAAAUACUCAUUGUGUGAAUAGGGCCAGUGUGUGAGUAGGAUCAUGCUCAGACAACAUUCCGGCCAUGUACUACUUGACAUAUGUGCAUUUGUUAUAAAAGUUUGUAUAUAAACAUUUGUUAUAAAGCCUGUAGCUUUCUAGUUUCUAAUAUAUUCAGUAUUAAAGUAAAUUUCACAUGUUCUCAGAACGCAGGUGUCUACUUUAGAAUUAACUGAAACUUAAUACUACAGAAUGUUUCAGUUGUGUGAAAUGUUUCAGUGGUGCAGGAAGGUAGGAUGUAAGUUUACUUUAAAACUUACAUCCUACCUUCCUGCACCACUGAAACAUUUCACACAACAGUGUUUGAGACAAACAUUACAUUUUUGCUGGUAAGCCAUAGUUUUGUUCAUCUUAAAGUAGAAUAUUAAUAAACCAAUAAAAUGCUGAAGAUUUCAUUUCUAAUGCUUAUUAAUCAUACAUAGCUUACACUUCAAAGGGAAUAGUUUAAUCUGUUAGUUGAAAUAGUAGCUAACAUCUCAAAUAUGUAAAUAUGAUACCCUUUGAAAUAGUCAUGUAUUAAAUUCCAUGUUACAUAAUUCUGCAAAAGGAAUUAGUUUGACUUCUUAAUUUUGAGCUUUUAUUUUUAUUCCUGAAAUUUGGAUAUAAAGCUAAUUUGUAUUAAUUGCAUGAACAGUUUUCAAUUGUUCUGCAAACAAAUCCAAUGGGGAGUGGAAUGCCCAGAGAAUGCAUAGUUGGUACACUUAUUGAGCAAUCCUAACUAGGCAUAUAUGCAAGGAUUUCCAGGAAACAGACACUCUGAUGUAUAUAUUAUGUAAGUUGAAUUGCACCCUAACUGCUGCUGGCUAGGGUGGCACAGCCAGAGUUUGGGUGUCCAGUAUAAACCUUCAUUUUCUGACCUUUCCUUGCCUCUAGUAAUUACAGUUGCAUUUUUGGUGGUAUAAAUUAAAGCAAAUUCUGUGCAUAGGACAAAUGAAUGAAUGAAAUUAGGACACCAUGUAACUUUUUUAUCUCUCUGUUCAAGACAUCCAUCCCCACCCUUAACAUACACUAUUUUGUCCUUUAAUUCUGAUAGCUUAGUUUGCCUCAAUAGGGCUCUCCCUUUGCCAGAGUUAGUAGAUAUGCCAGGGUAAGUAAUGUGCACUGGCCAAAGUGUGCAGUCAGCAAGUGGAGAGUUAUGUCUCAUCCCAAUCUCUCCCACCUGGUGUAUCUGGGGGUUAGGAUUGCACAUUUAAAUCUUGACAUGUUGAAAUAUUCACUUUGUCAAACAAGCUAUGAUGAAUACCGUCACAUUGCAUGCUCUCUUUAGUUAUCCAUAUGUAAAAAAAAAAGCAGGAGUAUCAAUACUAUCCACUUGAAUCAAACUUGCUCUAUAUUUUUUUAAAAAUUACAAGUCUGCUGCUCAUUAUGUUAUGCCUUUACUUUACUGAAAUAGUCUAACAAUGCCGGGCUAGACCCAGUAAUGACUUUCUGCUCACAGGCUUGCUUUCUAUGAAUGGAAGGAAUUUUGGUCCAACAGAGACUUUCAUAAUGGGAGAGGUGAUUUUUGAUAGUUCUCCUUUCGUGCCUGUAGUGCCCUCCCAACUGUUCAGAGGGAUCUGCAACCCUCUUGAAUAUAUUUGAAUGGGGAAUUGGCAAAAAGUUCUUCCCCACCCCUUCUUCAGUCAGUGGAUGAUAGGAGCAUCCUUCCUGUGGCCCUAACUGGAUCUAACCUGCUUGUUUAACUCACAGACAGUUUCUCUGUGCUUUAUGGAGGAAAAAAUCAUGCAUAUAUUUACUCUAAUACUAAUAAUAUUCGCAGAAUAUCUGAAAACAUAAUAAAAGCAACAACAUCAAAAAAAAAACCUGAUACAGGAGUGCUUUCAGAUGUCUUCUAAAAGUUGUGUAAGUCUUAAAAAAAAGAAUACUGUUUAUUUAAGUUGUGUAAUUAUUUAUCUCCUUGACAUCUGAAGAGAGGGCAUUCCACCGGGAGGGUGCCACUACCGAGAAGGCCCUUUGCCUGGUUCCCUGUAACUUCGCUUCUCACAGUGAGGGAACUAGCAGAAGACCCUCAAAGGACGACCUCAGUGUCCAGACUAAGGGAUGGGGGUAGAGAUGCUCCUUCAGGUAAUACUGGGUCGAGGCCAUUUAGGUUGCCACAUGCUCUGUUACUGAGAACUUUGUCAGUUGGAGUGCUGUUGUUCCUGACUGAUACUUUCAAAAUGUCUUCUGUUUGGAAGACCCUUACCAAUGGCUCACUCCACUCUUCACCCCAUCCUGCAUCAGAAUGCAGAAGUUGAGGGUGAUUCAGGGUUUGGUCUGGAAGAUGCCUAACUUUUUUCUCUAUUUUUUGUCGUGGUCUUGUGGGUCACCUCAAGGCACACUGGGGAUCAGAGUCAUUGUUUAUUUUAAAUAGAAUUACUUGAAGAUUCAAUUAAUUGCAGAAUGAUUUUAUUAUAAGUACAUUAUCUGUAAGACUAUAAUCUUAGCAUAAAAAAUUAGAAAGACCCAACUAAUCAGAUGAGGAAUCAAAUCUAGCAGACGCAUAUUACAAUUUUGAAAUUUGUCUCACUGUUUCACCAUUCCCCUGAAAAUGAGAUUUGGUGUGACUUCUUAAUUAGUUGUCUUCAACAGUGUAUUGAGACACUGUGGGGUGAGGUGAUUGUUGGACUAGGUUUGAGAAGAUCCAGGUUCAAAUCCCUGCUAAGCCAUAAAGCAUUUUAAACCAGUCAGUAUAACUGAAGACCAAUCUACCUCACAGUUGUUGUGAGGAUAACAUGAAACUAUAGAAACCAUCUGCCCUGCCUUGAGAUUCUUGGAGGAAAAGUUGGAUAUAGAUUUAGUGAAUAAUAUAGUUGUUGUGUGGAAUAGGCAAAAUGUAAUUGGGUCACAGUAGCUAGCCACGUAAAUCAGUAUGCCCAUUUGUAGUUUGUCUUGGACAUGUAGUAAUUGAUAUUUAUAUUAUGUUCCAGGAUCUAAAGAUUUUAAAUAAAAACUCAUUACAACAAAUUUCUCUGAAUGGAACCAGUUACUUGAAUUAUGGCUUUGCAGAAAAGCUGGCUUUCUAGCAGUCUUCAAGGAGCCUGCUCCAGAGUAAGAAAGAAGCCCUGGGAGUUGCAGUCUGUAGAGAUUUAAAAACAGUUUUGCUUCUAAUUGUAAACAGUUAGUGUCUGGGGGAAAUGCCUGGCUUUCUGAAGUUAGAUGGGAUUCAUUAUCUUCCACCUCGUUCUACAAAUAUUUUGGAGAGCUUCAUAAUUAAGUUACCUUUUGCACUCUGGAGAGGUUAUACGAGGGCACGUACAUUGUUCCUAAGACAUGCAGGGUUUAUAAUAAGAAAAUGACAAAAUUCAAAUUGUCUGCAGAGCAGUUCAUUGAAGAAUAAAAUGGGAUAUUUCACGUUGGACAUUUGUCUGCAUAAAAUUCAGGUCUAUUUCUAUUUAAAGAAAGUGAUUGCACAUGAAGAAUAAAUAUUAAUAUGCAAGAAUCCUGACUAGCAGCACAACCCUAAUCAUACCUAUUCAGAAGUAAGUCCUAUUGAAUUUAAUGGGAUUUACUCUCAGGUAAGUAGGGUUAAGAUUGCAGCCUAAGCAACAAGUGCUAGGAUUUAGAAAUAUGUUGAACUUGCUCAGGUGCAGAUACCAGGUGUGUUAAACUAUGCCAUGUACACUUAAAGUCAGAUUUCAGUGGUACAACAUCCCACACUUAACCCCUAAAAUGGGACUGCUCUCAAGCAGGAAAUGUGAAACAUAGUAUUCAUCGGUGGACUAGCUUAUGUGCAAUCAAAUUACUGAUUAAUCUGUUGCAGAGAAUCUGUUCGAAUCUGCAAUCUUUUUACUAGUAAUAUUAUAAUCAAUCAAUAUUCAUUUAUAGCAGGAUGCUAAAACCAUGGCUUGUAUAAGUGUCCAGAAGCAAAUUAGUGUCCUAAGCCCAUUGUUCAGCGUCUUUAUAAACUAUUUGGACAAAGGAAUUGAGAGGAUUCUUGUCAAAUUUGCAGAUGACACCAAACUGGGAAGCAUAGCUAAUGCCACAGAAGACAGAAUCAGGAUUCAGGAUCACCUUAUCAAAUUGGAGAACUGGGCCCAGACUAAUGAAAUUCACUAGGGACCAAUGUAAGGUUCUAAAGUUAGGUAGGAAUAAUCAGAUAACACAAAUAUCAAAUGGACACAUGGCUUACCAGUAGCACAUGUGAAAAGGAUCUAGGGGUCUUAGUAGACAACAAGCUUAACAUGUGUCAAUAGUGCAGUGCAGCAGAAAAAAGCAAAUGGCUAUUAUAGGCUUACCAACAGAAGUAUAAUGUCCAGGACAAAGGAAGUAAUAGAUCACUCUAUUCUGCCCUGGUCAGACCACACCUGGAAUACUGUGUCCAGUUCUGGGCACCAAAAUUUAAGUAGUAUAUUGGCAAGCUGGAACAUUUGUAGAAGAGGGUAACCAAGAUGAUCCAGGGUUUGGAAACCAAGCCUUAUGAGCGAGAGCUGUGGGAGUUCCAGGAACCGGAAAAGGAGGAGCCUAAGAGGAGACCUGAUUGUCACCUUCAAAUAUCUAUAGGGUUAUCUCAUGGAAGAUGGAGCAAGCUUGUUUUCUCCUGCUCCAUAGGGUAGUACUCGAGCUAAUAGAUUCAAGUUACCAGAAAGGAGAUUCUGACUAAACAUCAGAAAGAGCUUUGUGACAGUAAGAGCUGUUUCACAGUGGAACAGAUUCCCUUGGGAGGUGGUGGACUUUCUUUCCUUGAAUGUUUUUAAGGAGUGGUUGGAUGACCAUCUGCCACGAAUGUUGUAGUUGAAAUUCCUGCAUUGCAGGGGUUAGACUAGAUGACCCUCGGGAUUCCUUCUAGCUCUACAAUUUUAUGAUUCCAUGAUUCAAAGGAACAAUUCUGUGUACUUUUGCUAUAAUUUUACUAUCUGUAUGGCACUACAAAUGUGAGGUCCAAGCACCUCCUUCCUUUUUCAUUUUUGAAUUCUACUCAUUUCUGGUUCCCAAAGAUCCAACAAAGCAUCUUAAAAGGAAAAUAUACUGUGCUAUAUAUUCUAAUGGAUCUUAGAUAUAUUAUAUUGAUAAUGUUUUUGGACUGCGGUUUUAACUACAGAUGUCCAGAAAUGUUUCAUAGUUAUACUUGGCUUUGGAAACAAAAGGUCAUAUAUAGCGAUUACAAACCCAUUUAUGUGAUAUUUAUCUUGUAUGCAACUUUCACACAGAUGUUUUUGUGCCCUUGCUGAUGCAAUUCCGGAAUUGAUCUUGGUAACACUGUUCUGGUUUUUUUGGAAAAAAUUCUGGCGUUCUAAAUAUAUUAGAGUCUGAUUUAGCAUAUUUAUACAGUACAGUGGUACCUCGGGAUGCUAACGGGAUCCGUUCCAGAGCUCCGUUCGCAUCCAAAACAGAACGCAAGGCGCGUGCGUGGGCCACGUUUCGCUGCUUCCAUGCAUGCGCAUGACGUCAUUUUGAGCAUCUGCGCAUGCGCGAGCGGCGAAAUCCGGAAGUAACACGCUCCGUUACUUCCGGGUUGUCACGGAGCGCAACUUGAACGCGCUCAACCCGAAGCACAUUCAACUCGAGGUAUGACUGUACAUGGUAUAAUAAUUUUGUUAAUUACCCAUUCAUAUAUUUAGUAAGCAUAACUAAAAAGAAAUUCUGAUUUUAUGUGCUAUAUAAAUAUAUCAAAAAAAUAAAUUUUCCAAAAACAUUGUAACUGAAAAUGCACAAUCUUAUUUGAAAUUUAUAUUUAAACAAAUCCAAAACUUUAGUUGGAAAUUAUUUUUACUGUAACAGUUAUAAAUAUUCCCCCAAAUGGAAACUCUGUAGUACAGUGGAACUGUUCGACUUUCAAAACAUUUGAAAACCGAAAAUCAAGGGAUGGUCAGCAAAAUCCAUUGAAAAAAUGGAUAAACGUGCCUUGGAAGCCUUCAACGAAAACAUUCACUUGUCGAUGUUCAGGUUCUGAAUUGUUCGUCAAUGAAGUCGUUUGAGAACCGAGAUUCCACUGUAUAUACCAUAUUUACUUUAAUGUGCCAUCAAAUCUAAUGUACACCUCAAUUUUCAGAACCUUGAAACCAAAAAGUAUUUGCUGGCGAAUGUAAAUGUGCUAUUGAAUCUAAUGCACACUUUAAUUUUCGCAAUGUUAUUUGGCAAAAAAAGUGAGCGUUAAAUUUGAGUAAAUACUCAAAUUAUAUAAGGUACUUCCUUAUAUUGAUUACAAUUUGGCGAAAAAUUAAGGCACAGGAAACUUCUACCAAUUUUAACUUACUUAAAAAAAACUGCAUCAUCUUCAUACAGUGGUACCUCGGGUUAAGUACUUAAUUCGUUCCAGAGGUCUGUACUUAACCUGAAACUGUUCUUAACCUGAAGCACCACUUUAGCUAAUGGGGCCUCCUGUUGCUGCCGCGCCGCCAGAGCAUGAUUUCUGUUCUCAUCCUGAAGCAAAGUUCUUAACCCGAGGUAAUAUUUCUGGGUUAGCGGAGUCUGUAACCUGAAGCGUAUGUAACCUGAGGUACCACUGUAUUUGACUCUUAGAGCUAGUCAUCUGAAAAAGUUAAUUAAAACUUUGAAACUGCCCAAUUUUCCUAUAUCAGACAUUGCUUGAAAUAGAAAAAUCUCUUUAGGAUUUUUUACAUUACACACAAUUUUAUGUGGGAACUUUGGUGGUAGUGAAGGAAAAAUAAGUAGCAAUAACCUGAGUAGUGAAAGAGAAGAUCACUAGUCACCUCUGCUUAAUUCUUUGUAAGACUGUUCAGAUGAGUGUGAUUGGUUGGUCUGCACUUAAUGCAGGUAAUCUUAUGUAAGGCUGUUCAACAAUUAUUUCUGUACUGAGUUUGUAGGCUGUAGAAAGCCAGUUCUAAUACUAGUGUUACAUAGCUUCCAGCUUCAUUGAGAUGUUAAGUCUGUGUGAGCAGCUUGUACACAUCCCUUUGGAUACUCUACCACCAAAAAUGAAUGAAAAUAAUAAUAAUUUGUUAUUUUAUAAAAAGUAAAUGAUGUAUAUAAAGCAAAUACAUAGGCAAACUGGUUUUUUGGGGGGGGAAACAAAAAAUUCAAUUUUUUUUUCUUCCAAAAAAGCCUUUUUUUAUACUUGUGUGUUGACACUUUCAGCUUGCAAAUGCAAGUGUUGUGCAGCAGAAAAUUUGCCACUACUACAUUUUCCAUUGACAAAGACUUGUAUAAAAAAGUAUUGUUGGAAAAAGAGAAAUAAAUCCAUAGCAUAAUGAAUAAAUGAAUAAUUUUUGUCAAGAAACUGUCCCUAGGAAGUAUGUAUGUGGUUGGUCUGGGUGACGUAUUGAUACAUCACCCAGGACCAGUUUGAGGGCCAGAGUGUGGUGGUGCCUUCACCCGGUGGUAUAUCAGAGGUGAAACCACCACUGCUCCUGAGGUUUCACUUGCAAUGUACCAUUGGGUGAAGGUGGCAUUACGCUCUGGCCCUCAAACCGAGGGAGGAAUAAGCCACAAGGUACCUUGGCACGCCAGACAUUGGUGGUAGAGGGAGUCCCUCCACUGCCAGACUGCGGAGGAACAAGCUCCAUCAUGGCUUAGCAUGUCAUCUGAACCAAUGCUUAUGCUUAAGCUGUCUUUGGAGUAACCACAAACUGUAACCUCCUGGUGUGGUAUUUAUGCAACAUAUCUACAGUGUACAACACUAUAAGGCAGUGGUGGCCAAACUUGGCCCUCUAGCUGUUUUUGGACUACAACUCCCAUCAUCCCUAGCUAACAGGACCAGUGGUCAGGGAUGAUGAGAAUUGUAGUCCCAAAACAGCUGGAGGGCCAAGUUUGGCUACCACUGCUAUAAGGAGUUUCCUGUGCUCCUAACACAGUACACUUUUUAUCAUUUAGAAACUGAACAAACUAAAUGAAAUCUCAGCUUAUAAAGGACAUCAUAAUAUUUAUAGGAAGAUAGUACUGCUGGUACUUAGUGUUCAUCAUUUAUAUAAAACUUUUAUUUUUAUAAAGUACUCUGUAAUCUCUAUUGACACAUUCACAACAGCUCUGAGCAGGACACUUGUUUUUUUGCUACAGAUUGGAAACUUGGAAACAUUAUCUUCCAUGACCAAGGUGAAGCUUGAACCCAGACAAGGCCUUUGGUAUACCCACUGACUUCUUAAUCCAUGUUAGCUAUAUUUUAGCUAAACAAGUAGCCUCUUGCAGGUCUUUUACAUGACAUCAAAGUUGUUGAAAUUUGACAUCUGAAUUUUCAAGCAGAAAUACAGCAGAUGACUAAUUUGGAAGUUAAGCAUUUUAACACUGUUGUAUUGCAACAGAUGGUUAAAUGGUUUCAUAUACAUAAUAACUGCAAAAUUAUUUCACUCUAGCCUGUUUCUUGAAUCUUGUAAAUUCUGUAAUUAUAAGUUCUUUAGAACAAAGAUGGGAAAUGGUACUUGUGUGUACUAAAUAACUGGAAUCAUCAUUUUUAUAGUUUGGUUGCAAAAGUAGUCUAGUCCCUUUUGUUUAGAAAUGGCUUGCCAUUGGUAUUAUUGGGGUGACCCAGAAGUUUGGUUUUCUUACUUAUUUCUUCUUACCAGUUUUCUUUCAAACAUACACCUUACAUUUGCUCCCUGAAGGUAAAAUAAAGGUGGCUGUCACAAAAUAUUCCAGACAAAUGCCAUUUUGAUUUUGUUGGUGGUUCUAAAGGGGGUGUCAUUGUCCCCAUAUGGCCUUUAUAUAUACAGAAUGGGCAGCAUGGAUACAUUCCUGUGCCGGACUAUGAGAGAGGGGGAAAGUUAAGUGUGUCCUGAAAACCUUUACCAGCAGCUGCUUUACUUACCAGGCUGUAAGGGAAGGGGAAGGAGCUGAACUGGUAUGUACGAGUCACUAGAUGCAGCCCUUAUAGGAUUCAAGGACUCUGACCAGGCAGUUGUAGCUGGCUCCUUCCUCCUCAGUCCUCUUCCAGAUAUAGUGUGUCAUAGGAUCUAAUACCAUCAUUUGCUACCUCUCUAUCUUCCAAGAGGCAUUACAGUGGUACCUCGGGUUACAGACGCUUCAGGUCACAGACUCUGCUAACCCAGAAAUAUUACCUCGGGUUAAGAACUUGGCUUCAGGAUGAGAACAGAAAUCGCGCGGAGGCAGCGAGAAGCCCCAUUAGCUAAAGUGGUACCUCAGGUUAAGAACAGUUUCAGGUUAAGAACGGACCUCCAGAACGAAUUAAGUUCUUAACCCUUAACACUGACAACUGUAUCAGAGUACGAGGACAUGUUCCAGCCAUGCAACAACACUUAGAUGUGAUACGGCGCCAGUGAGGCGGGUGGCCUUGGGAGAGCUCAAAGGCCAGAGAGAGAGGACAAAGAGCUGCAUUUGGCUCUGAAGCCUGAGGUUUCCCACGACUGGGCUAGAUAACGUCCUGUAUUUUCUUAGGGGAAAGAUAAAAGGCCAGACUGAUGAAACCAUUUUUCAUAUGUAUUUUUACUGAUUUAAAUUUGUAUUCCAAUUCUUCACCAAGUCCUUGAAGUGGCUUAUAACAUCCACAAUUCUGUUAAAAGCCUUACAGUGUAAUAAGCAUAAAAAAGAAGUUAAUCCAAGAGAAGUAAGUGUGAAUGGGGGAGAAAAGACAUUAGAAAACAGAAAUAUAGAAUACCGAGAAAUAUAGAAUACCGAGCAGAAUGAAAACGUUUUUGUUUAAAAAUAAAAAAUCCUGCCACACAUAGAAUAUGUUAAUUUGGAAGAGAGCUGCAGAAGGGACUGCUUUGAGCUGUUCAGAAGUAGGCGUAUAAUGGGACCUUUGCCUGCAGCCUCAUCCCCUGAGCUAGUGCUGCUGUGAUGGGGAAGGUGACAUCAUAGCUGAACCCAGGAGCUUGUAGUGAUGGUGUAUUUGCCUGCCUGCCUCCAACAGAACCAUUUUAAAUUAGAAAAAAUAACCUUAAUUUAACACUGACAAUUGUUUAACAAACAAGAAAUGAGCUUUUACUCUACAAGUGGAGUGUAAGAAAAUUCAUACGUUGUCCUUCUCAAAAAUCGAAGUCAAUACUUGUCUUUGGUUGUAGUUAAAUACUUAUUUAAUAUAGUAUUACUAGCUUGUGCAUUGCCACCUACAAGGUAAUUACUGUGUUACUUUGCUUCUGUGGUGUGUGAGAUCAGUUACUAAUAGUUUUAAUUGACUCACAAGGGAGUACAAACUGGGAAGCCAUAUCCUGUUUUCAGUAUUGCAUUGUACAUUAGUUGUACAAUAGGAGGCCCUAUUGAUUGUUCCACCACUCUCAGAAGCUGGUGGGUAAGAGUGGGAGAGGACAUUAUCUAUAGCAACCCCUAAGUUGUGGAACUCCCUCCUUGCAUGGAUGUGUCUGGCAUCUUCCUUAUAUAGCAUUUGGCAAAUGCUGAAGACACACCUCUUUACCCUGACUUUGGAUAGCUGAUAUGUAUAUCUUUAGGUCCCACCUUAUUUCUGUGAUUGUAAGUUGUUUUAACUGUUUUUACUAUUGUGUUUUAGUUGUUGUAAUGGCUCUGGGGCCUAAGGUGAAGGGUGGAUGAUGAUGAUGAUGAUGAUGAUGAUGGAUGAAAUAUUUUUUCAUAAGUUUUAAAUUCCCUGUUAAUGAUGGGCUAAUGUUGCACAUUGCUGCCUUGUUUAUGUGAGAAAUUCUAGUACUAUUCAGAUUUCUUAUAUCUUGGCAUUCCUAGUUGAAACCUUCAUUUUUAAUUGUUUAUUUUAGAUCUUCCAAAGCAAAAGACACCAUGGCUACAGAGAUUGGAUCACCGCCGCGGUUUUUCCAUAUGCCAAGGUUUCAACACCAGGCCCCCCGACAACUGUUCUAUAAGAGACCUGAUUUUGCUCAGCAACAAGCAAUGCAGCAGCUCACUUUUGAUGGAAAACGUAUGAGAAAAGCUGUGAACCGAAAAACUAUAGACUAUAAUCCUUCUGUAAUCAAGUAUUUGGAGGUAUGUUCAGAACCUGUUGUACCUGCAAUUGUUACAAAAUGUUUUAGCUUAAAAGACAAAAGAAGCAAAUAAUUAUUAAGCAUGAAUUUCUAGUUAGUAGAGAUUUUGCCAAAUAGCUUAAUAGAUUUUGAAAAAUAGCUUAAAAUGCUGAGAGUAGCUAUGGAAAAGGAGGGAUUCUGUUCCCAAGUCUGAACCAUUUCUCACUAUGCACUUAAAAAUUUCACACCAAAAAUGCCCUAGAAAGAGGAAAAAAAUUAUACUUCUUAUCAGCCCUCAGGAGACUAAUAGAAACACCAGUUCAUCUUUCAUAUCAGGUAUGUGAAACCUAGGGAAACAGCAACACUUAGAACUGUUGUUUACUUUUCCUGCCAGUGAGAGGUUACUUUCCUGCCCUCACUAAUGAAUGUUUAAGACUCAAGCACUAAGCUUUAACUGUGGUCUGAUCUCUUUAGAGCACAGGUGUCUUAACCUGUGGGCCUUCAGAUGUUGCCAGACAACAGCUUCCAUCAUCCUUGACCAUUGACCAUGGUGGUUGGCCUUGGGAGUUGGAAUCCAACAUAUACCGUAUUUUACGCUCUAUAGGACGCAGCGGACCAUAGGAGGGGGAGAAAAGGAUUUUUUUUUUCUUGUUCUCCCCCUCUAAGUUCCCGCUGCGAGAGGGGUCGGUGCGCACUGACCCCUCACGCUCUCCAGGCUUCAGUGAAGGCAACCCAAAGCCUCUGGAGUGCGGCGGGAGUUCCCUCUGGGCUCUGGAGGCUUCAGGUUCCUUUCAACCUGCUCUUUGGGGCUGGCGGGGGGAAGUGCUGCUUUCCCCCACCGCCAGCCGCAAAGAGCAGGUCGGGGAACAGCGCAAAGGCUGCACGCAGCCUUGCCGCUGCCCCCCGAGCUUGUGGGGCUGGCGGGGGGAAGCGCUGCUUUCCCCCACCACCAGCCUCAAAGACCCCUGAAGCCUUUAGAGCGCAGCGCAAGUUCCCGCUGCACUUCAGGCUUCGGGGACAGCCUUUGGAGCCUCCGCAGUGCAGGCACCCCGCUGCCCUGCGGAGGCUUUGCGCAGCCAUCCCCAAGCUAGAACAGCGAGUCUUGCUGUUCUGGCUUCAGGGACAGCCUUUCUAGCCUCUGCAGGGCAGCAUGGUGAAGGCAGCACCCCACUGCCCUGGAGAGGCUUUGUGCAGCUAACCCCAAGCUAGAAGAGUGAGACGGAGCGCUCCGCAGUGCUCCGUCUCCCUGUUCUGGCUUUGGGCUUAGCCGCGCAGCCUGCAUUCGCUCUAUAGGACGCACACACAUUUCCCCAUAAUUUUUGGAGGGGGAAAAGUGCGCCCUAUAGAGCGAAAAAUACAGUAUAUAGUGUGUCACAGGUUAGCUACUCCUACCCCAGAACAGAAGUGGAUUUAGAGGAGCAUGACCAGUUUGCCCACACUGGGCACCAAGCCGACAGGGCACCACAGGAGGCGCUGCAACAAUGACAAACAAUGGAACACUAGAAGUGGGGGCGCCAAAUUUUGGUGUCUCACAGAGCGCUACUGAAUUUUUAAAGCCCAAAGUCCUCUAUUGCCUGGAGAGUGUUUCCCAUUCUGAGUGCGAUGUGGGAUUUUGUUUAUCUUGUGGCCUGAUUCGAACUGGUGCACUUUGGUAGCAAAUUUGAAGAGGAAGGGAUUUUUUUUUUACUUUGGGACAUUGAGUUCAAGUUCUUGAACUGAUUUGCACUGAUUUGAAGAAGGAAAUUGCCUGUUCCUUCUAGAAAAUGAAGCACGCUGCAUUCCUUUUCCAAAAAUAGCACUACACUGCAGGCACCGAUAGGCAAACAUUGUUUCUCAUUUGGUACAAGCUAGCUAGCAGGUUUUAACCAAUAGUAUUAAUGAAAAUGUUUUUUCAUCUUUCCAGAACAGAGUAUGGCAAAGAGACCAACGGGAUAUGCGGGCAAUUCAGCCUGAUGGAGGGUAUUAUAAUGAUGUAAGUACACAUGUUUAUUUAUCCCCUGGACAGUAAAACAUUUUUCUUCUUCCUGAAAGAUUGAAAAAUUGGUUUAAGCUGUAAUUCUCUAUUUAAGUGUGGGAGAAGUGAAUAACAACAUUAAUUGUACUAUAGAAACUUGAUUUUACAAGUGGAUUUGAAAGAAGAUGAAUUCAUUUAGUCACAUUCUAGUAUGAUGAUCCUGCUAAAGCUCUAGACAUGGAUUCAAAGAUCCCAUUAUGUGAGCAGAAGGCACUUUGGCUCUGUGUGUAUGUGUGAGAGAGGACUGCAUGGGAGGACUGCAUCCAUGGUUUUUUUCCAAAGCAGAUGUGCCUUCUGUUCUCAUGGUGGGAUUUCUGCAUCCAAGCCAUAUUGUAAUAUAAUUCUGAAGAAUGAUGUUAAGUAUGCUUUUGUAGUGUCUCCACAAAAUUGAGAUUCUUUGGUUUACUCAUUCAAGAACAUAAGCUUGCAAACAAUUUUCUAAAAGACUGUUUCCACAUAUUAAGUACCAAGAAUAACUUUUAACAUUUUUUCCUCUCUUUUAGCUGGUCCCUCCUAUAGGAAUGUUGAACAAUCCUAUGAAUGCUGUAACAACAAAAUUUGUUAGGACAUCUACCAAUAAAGUAAAAUGUCCAGUAUUUGUUGUUAGGGUAAGUAUAGUGUUACACUCCAUGGCACAGUGAUAAAUUGCUAAGAAUAUAGCAAGCCAAUAGUAGCUGUUUUAUGGAUUUUUUUAGUUCUGUUUUUGUUUUAAUCGGUGUAAUUCUGUUGUUGUCUUUGCUGUGUUCUGCAUUGUAGACAGGGUGAUUUAUAAGUACAAUAGAUACUACUACUACUACUAAUAUUAAUAAUAACAACUUUUCAGAAUGGAUAUCUUUUUAUGGGACACAGUGAUAGUGCAAAGUAUUUUUGUCAGAAAUGGACAGAUUAUUCAUCCAGUAGUAUUCAGGCACUGGAAGCUGGGCAUGGGGCAACAAAUAAAUACCAGAAUGUGGGGUGGAGGGGUGUACAGACAGUGUGUAAGUGAACCCAAUGCAGACAGAGCUGCAGAAUACAACUGUGCAGACAUGUUGUCUGUCCUUGCGAUAGACUCUGCUGUAGUGUCAAGGCAACAAUUUGUGUUGUAAUACAUCUUAAUUCUUGUCUUCCAGUGGACUCCAGAAGGGAGGCGCUUAGUUACUGGGGCUUCUAGUGGAGAGUUCACCUUAUGGAAUGGGCUUACUUUCAACUUUGAAACAAUAUUACAGGUAAAUCACUAUCAAAGCUGUCUUGAUUAGUACUUCUUUCAGUAAUCUGCUUUCUUGCCACUGUAAACAGAUGGAGAGUCAGCACCGUUUUGAGCUUUAUGCUUCUUGCCUUUGGCUAUUGAGAUUUUGAUUGAUUAAUUUAAAUCUUAGCAUUUUUGUCAUUCUCUGAUAUGAGAGACAUUUCUGUUCCAUUGGUGAUAAAAAAAUCAAAUUUGUAGACAAAAUACUGACUCAUUACUAAGUAAUACUUACUAUAACACUGCUGAAGCUUUGAUAACAGUCCUCACAAAAUGAAUGUAUGGAUCUAUAUAUAAGGCAUUUUCAUUCUUAUAUCUACCUAAAUUGAAAUUAGAAAAAAUCAUUUUAAAAGAAAAGUGAAGGUGCAUGAUAUUAUUUGAGUAUGCUCACUGGAGGUCUUCCUUUAUUUUUGACAUUGUAGGCUCAUGACAGUCCAGUGAGAGCUAUGACUUGGUCACAUAAUGACAUGUGGAUGUUGACAGCAGACCAUGGGGGAUAUGUGAAAUAUUGGCAGUCCAACAUGAACAACGUCAAGAUGUUCCAGGCACAUAAGGAGGCGAUUAGAGAGGCCAGGUUUAUACACAAUAUACCAUUUUCUGUAGUUCCUAUUUCCAUGAUUAGACUGUUCUCUAAGUGUAUUCUGGGUGCAGAUAUGCAUGGGUAUUGUCAGAUUCUGGGAAAUGUUUUGCACCACAUAAACGUAUUUUCUUUUGUUUCCACAAUUUCACUGAUUUGCUGGCAUAUCUCUGAAAUAGUGUUGUCCCGGUAUCUGCCUCUGCAAUAUGUUAGAGAUGUGUUUGUCUGCUGCAUUUUGCACUGGUAUUGGUUUCUUUUUAUAUAUGAUCACAAUGUGUAUCAGUUACUCUCUUUUUAUGCUCACUUGUGUACGAUGACAAUUUCAUUCCAAAUAAAGAAUUCAGUAUUUAAUAAUAUAAUUGAAUAAAAUAUAAUCCAGAAAUAAAGCAGCUUCAUAGUUCUCACAACAUAAAAGAGCUAAAUAAAGUGAAGAACUGCUUGGCUUGGUGAGUCCAAGAUUUACAGUAGCAUGUAGGACCCACACCAAUUUCCACAUCCAGGUCAUGAUUAAUAUUGAAUGGGUUACUCAAGUUUGGAAUCUAAAGCUGACAAGGCAACUUUAGGACAUCUACCUGGUUCAGUGUCAAGUGUUCCAAUUGUGCAAAUGUAUGCUCAGUGUAACAAGUGAACUGAGAUUUCCUUGCUGAGAUGCAUGUGAAGAAUGCUUACAGUCUUUAGCAAAUAAUGCAAGUGGAAGAAAUCUUACUCAUUUAAAGUGUGUCUGAAGAGGAGCUGAAGAAGAAACUAGACCUACCUCAAAAGUUUUGGUGCUGUCCAUUGGAGAAGAAGAUUCAUUACCACAGAAGCACUUUCUGCUGAAUUUAUCAUUUUUCCUUUUGAUUCAGAAUUUUCUGGCAAAGUUUAACAAGAUGUGACCUCAUAGGUGUAUGCUAUUGUAUCUGUGAAGUGGAUUUCUCCAAACAAAAAGUUUAUCUCACAUAUAAAACGUUCCAGCAAUUUCAGGGGGAAUGACUGUUUGAAUAAUCUCAACAAGAGCAUUGCUUGAUUCUUCACUGCAUCACAAAGGAUGUGGCUCCCCAUCUGUAACUGAUGAUGGUCCAACCAAAUGCCUAACAUAGCUCAAUAAGAAACGGAUGCCUGGCUCUCCACAAUUUACAACAAGCUUUUCAAGUUCUGAAGCAUAUUCUAUGACUCUAAUGUUUCACUGGAGUGCCAAAUCUCUUCUCAGUAACUUUUUCUGCAUAUAUAGGCCAUAUGAUAUGUUUUUAUUGUUUUUAGUAAUCAAAUACACCCCCUUGUAUUUUGAAAUGUUAUCUGUGGAUGAAGAAAUAAGCUUAGUAUUAACACUCUUGGGAUUGCCUAUUUCCAUCCUUCUUUCAAAAGCAUGGAAUGCAUGCUUUUGUCAGUUUCACAUUUUAUACAGAUGAUGCAGAGAAUUGCAAAUCUAUUCAACUGUGGGUGGAACAGUGCAAAGUGUAAGUUCCCCUUUGGUUGGGGAACAAAAUGCAGGAAAAAGUGCUUUUGCUGCAUCAAAGUACAAAGCUGAGCUCUCAGUUAUGCAAACGGACUCAAUUAUGUCAACGGAUUGAAGUGUAUUUUUCCAGGCACAAUAUGUUCCAAUUUCUCCAUCAGUAUAUUAACACUUUAGCUAAAUUUUGCCCUGUCUGAGAAGUUUAGAUAUGUUAAAUGCUGACUUCUUUCCCCUGCUGUGUGUCUUCAUGUAACAGUUUCUCACCCACGGAUAAUAAAUUUGCUACAUGCUCUGAUGACGGCACUGUUAGAAUCUGGGACUUUCUACGUUGCCAUGAGGAGAGAAUUCUUCGAGGUAUGUGUACCAGAAAGUACUGAUUGAGAUAUAUGAAUAGAGGGAAAUUAUUUGUAGUUGCCUACAUAAAGACUAUACAAAAACCUCCAAUUCCAGCACCCCAUCCUUAAUAAUUCAAUCAGUUGUAUCACAAGGUACAACCUAUUGGUUACUGUUUAUGAUCUGUUUAAAUUGCUUUAACAUUGGAGCAUUGUGUACUAUGAUUAUUCCCUACUCCCAGGACUGUUGAAACAUCUGUGUAGGAAAGCAAGCUGAAUGCCCAGUUUCAUGUGCCCAUUUCUGUAUAUAAAAACUGUAAUGAGUUAUACCAGAAACACUUUCUCAAGAAGAAGGGGUAUUUCCCCUCAAAAACGUAACUUGUUGAUGCUAUCCAUUUUCAUGUGCCUGUAUCAGACUAUGCCACCUUAUGGAAAGUGCAGCUUUUCAUCAAGUAAAUGCCAUAUAAGCACAGCAUCCUUGGAAUCCCCUAACUUCCCACAUGGUGUGGACACGACAAAGUUUUAGGGAAUGAAUUACUGUUUCUAAUUAAUAGCAUAAAGUUAGGUAAAAUACAUCUUUUACUGAGAAGAAAUAAAGUUGUCAACAUAUUCAUAGACUUACUUAUUUGACAAGAUUUAUAUACUGCUUAAUUAAUAAAAAACCUCUUAAGUGGUUUACAUUACAAGGAUCUGAAAUAUAUACUAGACAGCGAGGAGCAGGGAUUGUAGCAACACUGCUUUCAUUUUCAUUAUAUCACAUGGUAUUUUAGUAUUCAUUCAUUUUGUAGGAAAGUUUACCUAGUAAUUUUUUUAGCUUUGUAGCCUGACUUGAUGUCAAUACAGAAAAUAAAUAGCAAACAUUCAGAGACUAUUACACUUUAGGAAGUAAAGAGUUUGUGGUUUGGUUUUGUGUUUGACUCUUGAUGCAUUAUUAUCUAAUAGUUUAACUCUGAAGAAAUCUUGAACUCCUGUAUUACUUUAGGAAAUAGAAAUCAUUCAUGAGAAACAUUUCUUCAGAAUUAUAUCUGAAACAGCCCCCCUCCAGUUUCUUAAGUUUUCAUAAUUGUCAGAUAAUAUACACACACAGGAUACAAUCCAGACAUUGAGCUCUGUCUCCCUUUUUGUAGGCCAUGCAUAUACUACCUCCAUUUGAAAUACAAAAGUGGAAGCAAAAGAAAUAAACAUGCUAAAUUUACAGUGUGGCCAAACACUACUUUUGUUCUUAAAAACUUUGGGGCAGUAGACAGAGAGGCAUAUGCAGAUGUACUUUCUUCCUUACCUUCUUAGAGCCUGAUACUCAGUUCUUUCUGCUACAAAAUAACUUGUAAAAAUCAUACCUUACAGUCUACCGUAUUUUUUGCUCUAUAGGACACACCCGACCAUAGGAUGCACCUUGUUUUAGAGGGGGAGAACAAGAAGAAAAAAAUCUCCCCCUCUCUGCUCAGUGCCCCUUCAGCGAAGUGCUGAAGGGGCGCUGUGCAGAGGGGGGAGAUUUUUCUUGUUCUCCCCCUCUAAAACAAGGUGCGUUCUGUGCAUUCAAGGUGCAUUCACCCGAAGCCUCCGGAGCGCAGCGGGAGUUCCCGCUGGGCUUCGGAGGCUUCGGGUUCCUUUCAACCUGCUCUUUGGGGCUGGCGGGGGGAAGCGCUGCUUUCCCCCACCGCCAGCCUCAAAGAUCCCAGAAGCCUUCGGAGUGCAGUGCGAGUUCCUGCUACGCUCCGCAGGCUUCGGGUUCCUUUUGCUGAAGCCGGGAGAGCAAGACUUUCCUGGCUUCAGCGAAAGGAACCUGAAGCCUCCAGAACGCAGCAGGAACUCGCACUGUGCUCCAAAGGCUUCAGGCGGCUAUCCUUGAAGCUUGGAGAGCGAGAGGAGUCGGUGUGCACCGACCCCUCUCGCUCUCCAGGCUUCAGCGAAAGCAACGUGAAGCCUCCGGAGUGCAAAGGGAGCGCUCCCUCUGCGCUUCGGAGGCUUUGCGUUGCGUUUGCUGAAGCCAAGGAGCCUGCAUUCACGCCAUAGGAUGCAGACACAUUUCCCCUUAACCUUUGGAGGGGGAAAAGUGCGUCCUAUAGAGCGAAAAAUACGGUAAUUCUAUGCAUGUUUAUACAGAAGUAAAUUUAACUGAGUUCUGUAAGACUUACAUAAAUGUGUAAACAUUUGAGGCUUGAAAGAUGCAACUUCAUCUUACUCCCCCAGCCAUUAGCAACCUGCUGCAGCCUAGUCUGCAACCAUUUCCAAGCAGAUUUGGGGAGAGGGUGCUGAUGGGUGCAGAGGGAAGGAGAAGGCUGGAAAGCCCUGUUCCAUGAACAGAACAGAAAUUAGAAUCUAAACUGUUAGGAUUUGGCAUAUAAGCUUUAUUCUCCCCCCCCCAGCGCUUUAUAAAUUAAACAAAGAUCCAUUUAAAUUGGGGUUCAGGCCCAGUUUUGGCACAUAACUGCUUUGGUGGCCCUGUAUGAUGACCUCUGUCUGAGUUAGGGGUAGGUGGCACCGCUUUGCAGUGCUUCCGGUCCUACUUGGAUGGACAUUUCCAGAGGGUGAUGCUUGGGAAGUUCUUUUCAGCCCCAUGGAGCCUUCAGUGUGGAUUUCUCAGGGUUCAAUUUUAUCCCCUGUGCUGUAUAACAUCUACAUGAAACCACUGAGUGGGGUUAUCCGGAGUUUUGGGGUAUGUUGUCAGCAAUAUGCUGAUAACACAGAGUUCUACUUCUCCUUUACAUCUGCACGUAUGGCAGUUGUCUUGCCUCAGUAAUGGACUGGAUGAGAGCCAACAAACUGAAGCUGAAUCUAGAUAAGACUGAGGCACUGUUAGUGGGCUUGGGGGUUUCCCUAGACUGGAUGGAUGGGAAAUAGCCUGCUCUUGAUGUGGUUACACUUCCUCUGAAGGAGCAGGUACGCAGCUUGGGAGUACUUCUGGAUCCUUUGCUGUCUCUUGAGUCUCAAAUGGGCCUUGGUGGUAAAGAGUGCCUUCCACCAUCUUGGGCUUGUGCCCCAGCUGCGCCCCUGUCUGGACAGGGAUAGCCUAACUACUGUUGUUGAGGCUCUGGUAACCUUUAGGUUAGAUUACUGCAAUGUAUUAUACAUAGGGCUGCCUCUGAAGACAGUUCAGAAACUUUAGCUGAUGAACAAUUCAGCAACCAGGCUACUCACUGGGGCAAGACGGUUUGAGCAUAUUACACAGCUCCUGGCCUAGCUGCCAGUUAGUUUCCAGGCCCAGUUCAAGUGCUGGUUUUGACGUAUAAAGCCUGAAAUGGCUUGGGACUGCAGUACCUCAACGACCACCUCUCUCCAUAUGAACCUACCCAGACCCUGCGAUAUGUGCCUCCUGGAGGGUGGCAACACAAGGAUGGGCUUCUUCUGCAGUGGCUCCUCAUUUGUGGAAUGCUUUCCUCAGGGCAGGGUUUGCCUGGCACCUUCAUUAUACACCUUUAGGUACCAGGUGAAAACAUUCUACUUCAACCAGGCCUUUGGCUGACUAACGUCCUAUUUUAAAUGAGCUGGGGUUAUUGGUUAAUUUUGUUCCUGUUCUUUUAAUUGUGUGUUUUUGUCUUGUAUUUUUAUGCUGUGAACCACCCUGAGAUCUACAGAUGAAGGGUGGUAUACAAUUUCAAAAUAAUAUUAAUAAUAUUGGCAGCUGAUGCAAACUUCCAUCAAAAUGUGUUAGACUGUAUAGUCUGUGACCCUUUAGGUGUUGGAUUUCCAAGUCCCAACUUCAGUCCCAUUCAGCAUCAGCAGACAGAGAUGAUGGGACUUGGAGUCCAACAGCAUACAUGGGAGAGGCACAAAGGUUCCCCAUAGUUAGCUACACAUAAAAUGUUUUUGUUUAGGGAAGCUUACUUAGGUCAUAAGUAGAACAACUUGUGUUUAUUAGAGCCUUCUUCAUAUAUGUAGGUAAUUCCUGCUAAGUAAAAAAAAUAAUCCUGCUCUUCCUACUUGUGAGUAGAAAAGAUUGAUCUUGGUACAGGUCUUCCUCCAUGCUUUUGGUAUAUAACGCCUUUAAAUCAGGGAUUUCCAACCUUUUUGGGCUCAGGAACAUUUGGAAAUAUAAGGAACUAUUGUGUGUGCCACAGAAUACCUGUUUUAUAGAAGAAAAACUGACAGUGCUCAGAACAUUGCAAAGCUGCCAAACCAUCCCCCAAACAAAUAAGACACAGACAAAAAGUCGGACAGUAUCCCCCCAAACGGACAAACCCUCAAAUGAAAAGCCUUCCAUCGCUAUCAUUUGAAAAUAAAAAAUGAGGAGAGGAAGGGGAGUUUGGCAGAUCCCAUAGGGUGUGUCUGAGGGUGACAGCACACACUGUGUUGUGGACUCCAGCUUUAAAAAUUGUUCAGAACGUUGAUAGGAAAACUUAAAUAGGUAACUUUAAGCAACUUCUUCCACCAGCCCCCAAGGCAUGGAAAGAUGGCAUAGUUUUAUUUAUGCAGGUGUUAAAAGUCAGCUCUCCCUACUUGUUGCUGUCCAGUGGUCCAGAACAUUGGACCACCUUCUUCACUGUCUGGCAAACAAGUAGAAAGAGAAUUCACAGGUAAGCAAAUUAUGUUUUUAAUCAACUAUAGAUUAAAACUUGUAUAGUGAAAUCAUAAUCAUCUUUGUUCAGAAGUAACUCACACUCAUUUUACUCCCUAUUAAGUUUGGGAUUGCAGCCUUAGCAUAGAUGUUAACAGCCAAACAAUCCUACAUAGCACAGCUCUACCUAGUUCUAUUUGUGUUGACUAAAUGACUAUCAGGGAUGUUGUACUAUGAUAGACCCAGUCUCCAGAAAUCCAUCAUACUCAACUAGCUUAUAACGCAUAAAAUUCCUUAAUGUACCAGUCUGUUUUUAUAUUAAACUAUAAAUACUGUUUUGGGUACUCCAUAUGAAUCUGUCAACAAACCUGACAUUUGAUACACCAAUGAUCUUAGAUCACACAAUUUAGGUGAUACCACCUGCAAAGAGUUUCUCCUAAUCUUCCAUGACAUUCCCAACAUCUCAUUCAAAUACACUCUUGAAAAUCUUCUUUGCUGAAGUAUUGCAAUUUAGAACUAAAGUAGGAGAUACUGUGGAAGAUAAGGCUCAGAGAUCUGGGCUGUUACAAUAAAACUGAAAGUUUUUCACUUAGGACCAGACAGAAAGCCUCUUUAAGGAUGAUGAUGAUGAUGAUGAUGAUGAUGAUGAUGAUGAUAAUUUAUUAUUUAUACCCCGCCCAUCUGGCUGGGCUUCCCCAGCCGCUCUGGACGGCUUCCAGAAAAAUAUUAAAAUACUGUAAUACAUCAAACAUUAAAAGCUUCCCUAAAGAGGGCUGCCUUCAGAUGUCUUCUAAAAGUCUGGUAGUUGUUGUUCUCUUUGACAUCUGGUGGGAGGGCGUUCCACAGGGAGGACGCCACUACUGAGAAGGCCCUCUGCCUGGUUCCCUGUAACUUGGCUUCUCGCAGUGUGGGAACCGCCAGAAGGCCCUCGGUGCUGGACCUCAGUGUCCGGGUAGAACGAUGGGGGUGGAGACGCUCCUGUUUAUGAAACGGAAGCUUCAAACUAAGCCAUCUGUAGUAUUAUUUGUAUUUCAUGAUGGGUUUUUAAAAAUUACCUUUCUGAAAACUGCCUUGUUUGUUCCUCAGCUUUCCCUCUUCAUUAUUUUUAUAAGUAAACUAAUUAACAGGUAAGAAGAAUUUUGUCCCUUGAAUUCCCAUCUAAAAUUACCUGUUUAGAUUUUUUUAAAAUCCUAAAUCCAUUUUUUACCAGCUUUGAAAAAGUAUAAUUAUAAAAAGAGCAUAGAAAAAGCAAUUAGUUUGGUCACAUAAGUGAUCAUGCUGGUUAUGUGAAUAGUGAUAGAUCCUAUAAAUGCAUUCUAGCCAUUUGUACAUGCUUGGAUGCCCCAAACAUAUCAAGCAGUGGUGUAUCUACUGUAUAGAAAACUACAGCUACUUUGGUUGGCAGAUUAUUUGUGUAACAAAUCAUAUUUUUCUGUUUCCCUAUCUCCAAGAAUUCAUCAUGGGGAGUUAGUAAAUGCAUUGCUGCUGAUUUAAGGCAAUGGAUUUCAAGCUGUACCCAGAAAACCUGUUUUCUCAGAAAUUUGUUGAGCUCCUGAGACAUUAUCAGCCAGGUCCUUUGAGAGAUGUCAUGCCCACUACUUGCCACUCACCUUUCUCUGCUUUCACUUGUCAUUUUAUACAAGGCGAUGGUGAGACCCAGUAGAUUUGACCAACAUGCUUCAUGUAUCAAGUAUGUGCUCUAAAACACUUUCAAGAAUCCUCUACAGUGCACAGUGGUUCCUUGGUACAAAAGUUGAUAGGAAGGGGUUCCCUGAAACUAGAAAAUUUGAAAACCAAACUGAAGGGAUGUUUAAGGUAGUAGCAUCUUCAUUGUUACACUAAAUGGUACAUGCAGGAUCUACCUUUUAGAGGUUCAUAAAUUAUACAGGUCAUAUUGGGUGUGGAAUAUUAUUUUUAUGAUAGUGCUCUUCAUAUGAGUUCACUCGGAGGGAUUAAAAAAGUAGAAACAAAUGAACUUUAUAUAGGCUCAUUCAGCCUCCAGCAGAUGUGAAUUCUGAGGUUCUGGCUAAUAUAGACAGUGUUGCACAACAUACGCUUUUCUCCUCCCAGUAGUGUUUGAAAUACUCUUGUGUGAUUUUUUUUGUGUGUGAUUAUUGAGCCUGUUAAACUUGGGUUCUCUUCAUCUGGAGUAUGAAAUAUACUCCAUACAUCUAAAUAAUCUGGAUUUGGCAUGACUUGAUGGGCAUUAGUUUGGGCUCAGAUUUGUCAUUGUAUGAAUCCAUUUAACUAGGUACUGCUUUCCAGGUCAGAAACAGAAUGUGUCAACAUAGACAACUGAUAGCAAAUUUGAUCACAACAGUCAAAUACUGCUAAGAGAAAUUUGGGUUGUUGGCUGGUUGGGCACCGAAUCUUCCUUUUAGGCUGGAGGGUGUCCUGUGGUCUAAACCACUGAGCCUCUUGGGCUUACUGAUCAGAAGAUUGGUGCUUUGAAUCCACCAGGCAGGGUGAGCUCCCAUUGCUCUGUUUCAGCUUCUGCCAACCUCGCAGUUCGAAAGCAUACCAGUGUAAGUAGAUAAACAGGUGAUGGGAAGGUAAAUGGUGUUUCUGUGCACUCUGGUUUAUGUCACGGUGUUCCAUUGUGCCAGAAGCAGUUUAGUCGUGCUGGCCACAUGCCCCAGAAAGCUGUUUGUGGUCAAACGCCGGCUCCCUCAGUCUGAAGCAAGAUGAGCACCGCAACUCCAUAGUCACCUUUGACUAGAAUUAACCAUCCAGGGGUCCUUGUCCUUUACCUUUACCUUUACUUUACCCUUAAGUCAGAAGUUUUCUGGCUGUUUCCAGAAAUCAUAUCUUCAUUAAGUCCUCUGACAAUGGAUGGAUUCUUUCCCUUUUGGAUAAGGUUUUGAAACAAGCAACUGUCUUACAUCUACAUGUCAUGGAAUUCUUUGCCCUUUUCCAAAUAAGUGUUCAGAGAUUAGCAUGAUAAAGAGAUACGGCAUGUAGCCGUGGCCAGCUGUUUACAUUUCGAAUUUGGAAGGACAAAUUAUCCUUUUUAAUUUAGUUUAUCUUUAUACCAUUGAUGAUGUGACUCUUGGAUCUGUGUAGUACUUGCAGGGCCACAGGUUCUCCACCCUUACUCUUGAGGUAAUUCUUAUAUCUGGUAGGGAGAUCUCGGACUAUAUACAACCUCUUCAAGACGUCCAUAGAGAAGUUAAGCGUUUUCAUCUCCUAAUCACUGAGGUUUACAACCUGGGGUACUUCCAACGGCAUCAUUUCUCCCUGGAGCUCCAAGAUUGCAGUAGUGACAAGGGACAUUUAUGCCUUUCUCAGAAAGGACCAAAAAAACACACCAGUUGGACUUGCCUAUUGACAUUCAUAUUUCAUAGUCUUGACCUUGCAGUCUUGGUUACCCUUGUUGAGUUUGCAGGUGCUGAACAUGCAUUGCUUCUCCAGGACCUGCAGUUUCCUUUAGCCUCCCAGAAACAUUUCAGCUUGCUGUUUUUAACUAGUAAAACACAACAGUAAGUGUUCAUAUCAUGGACAUUACUUCUUUCUAUGUGUGUAUGACUUUGACCUGUAUUAUCUGCUGGGAUCAAGUGCUUGGCUGUAAGCCUAAGUGGAAUUGGUCCCUAUGUUACAGGAAGAGACAAAAUGGUUGUUUAGGUGAUUUGGGAAGAUAUGCAAGUUCCAAAUGAAAGUACUGUUCAUUAAUCUUCCCCAGGAUAGAUUAAAUUUCCCUUUCUCGUGUUAUCCUAGAACUGUAAAAAUCAGAUACGCAGGGUCACUGAAACGUAGGAUAGUCUAGAUGCAGGUCCAUUUUCAUGAAUUCUUCUCAAAUCCAUGAGUAGAGGCAUAUAGAGAGGUAUUCUUGGCUUUAGACUGCCUGACAGUCUAAACUUGUGGAUACAAAAGCAUUUUUGUUUAAGAAGGCAGUAAAAUAAUAGAUACACAGGAUUAACUGAAUAAUUCAGUUGACUGUUUCAUUGGAUGAACAUUUAAAUAUUUGGAAUUUUGUUCAUUUCCCUGAGCAUAAUAACUUAAGAAAUCUAAAUAAUUCUCAAACAUUUAAAAGAGCUGCAAUUCAUGAUUGUUCUUGUAUUUUCAAAAUCAUAAGGCUGCUGUUGUUGGUAAAGCUGCUCACAUAAGAGUAAUACAUCUUGAUGCAAAUGUGUCUUUCAAGUUCAAUUAUACCUAUUAUUUAUAUUUAUAAACUGCUACUGCUUCUGCUACUAACUUUGUAAACCACCUUGAGGUUUUUUCUUCAAUCAAGGGGAAUAUGAAUUUUGUGAAAUAAAUAAAUAACUGCUAUUCUGCUGCUAACUACUGCUACUACCAAGUACUUUUUGAACUGAAAGUCUCAGACACUUGAUGCUUGUUUUUUUUGCACAAGUAUUGACUUACCCAUAUGAUGGAUGACAAGUUAGCACAACAACUGCAGUUACUUAAUAUGGCUGGCAAACCAGCGUUUAGAGUUGGACUUGACUUGCACACCUCAAAUGUUUUGAUUAAGAAAUCUACUUCUAGAGGUUCAAAACACACGGCAGGAUUCACCUAAUGCUCCCUGUCAGUGGAAGCAAUUCUCUCUGCAUGCACCCCCAAAUUGGCUCAAUAUGAGGGGUCAGAAGAACACCCAGAGCAACAUAUGAGGGAAUUGUGCCAUCUGGCAACCUGCAAUGUUUGCAUAGACAGGGUGUUUGUUUUAGCACAAUGUUGAAUUCCACCCAUAAUCCUGAGUUUCAUUUCUAUGAGAAAUAAAAACAGACUUUAGAAUGGCCAAGGUUAAUGGGACAGAUUUAUAGAGCUCUAGUAUCCUUUUCUCACCUGUGUAAACAUGGUGAUUGAAAGUGCUCACCCCCUAGAACCUGAGAUCUUUUGCUGUCAUAGCUGGGGAUCAAGUAGAUCAGGGGUGGGGAACAUUUUUGGCCCAGUAGACCAGAUCUUUAUCCCGCCCCCACCCCCAUCGAGGGAUCACCCAUUAGUCAGUCAUCUGACAUAAUUACAUCAGGUGAUUGGCUCCUGUCAAAGUGCAUCAUUUUCCACAGUGCUUCCCAAAUGUUCAACUAUCAGCUGGUUGUCAGGUCUGGGGGUGGGGGUGGGGCCCUGAAAAGGCCUCACAGGCCAAAUUGAGAGGUCUUGCAGGCCAGAGGGUGCCUACCCUUGAAGCAGAUGAAGGAAAUUUAUUACAUAUGAUUCUAUUCAUGUAAAGUUAUAAAUGAUCAAGUGGGCACAGUAUUGUAGGAAAUCGUAUCUAUGUAUACUUGAGGGACGCUUUGGAAUAAGGUACAUAGGUUCUCCUUAAAUAUGAUAAUAAGAUGAAACAUUUAAAAUAAUGCUGUGUGGCAUAUAACUCCUGAAGUUAUAAGCAAAAUAAAUAAAAGUAUUUCAAAUACAUAUUGGAAAUGUCAGAAAGAACCAGGAAACUAUUCCCACAUGUAGAAGUGUAAUUUGUAAGCAAUAUAGGGCAAAGUUUAUAGGUUUUCUAUAGUAUUAUUAUUAAUAAUAAUUUUGUUUGUUUGUUUGUUUAUUACAUUUGUAUACCACCCUUCAUCUGAGUAGUUAUGAAAUCCCAAAUGACCCUGUACUCCUAUUAUUAAAUUAUACUAUUGACUCAAUAAAGAAAGAACAAGGAAAUGGAGGUCUCAAGUCACACCUAGUAUUACUGAAUGAAUAGAUCAAAUUAGGCACUUCCCUUUACUGUCUUUUUGGCACAUUCUUCUGAAGUCCAAGGAACCAGGACAAAGGUGAAAUGAUUCUGUAACAAACAGGAUCCUGUUUCUCAAGUAUUGUUAAAAGAACUUUCUUCUCCCAAAGAUACAGUACAGCUUUGAAAUGUUCUGAAUUUUAAAGAACCAGUUUUGUUUUCAUUUAUCAGCCUCAUAUUGUUACUCAACUUAAUUCAUAAGCACUGUAUUUAAUGAAUUUUCCCAUUUUUUCCUUUAUUAAAAAUCCACUUUACAAAAAAAAAAAGAGCGCCAAACCAAAAACACCCUGAGUAAUAGUCUCUGCCUUUUAGACAUUACCAGAAUGCAGACAUCUGUUCAAUCUAAGGAGAGAAUGAAAUUUCUGUCAAACUUAUCUUCUAUCUUAUCAUGAAACAACUGCAUUAUUGCGGGGGGCGGGGCUCAAAGUGUAGUAGAAUCCAGCAGAUAAAGUUUUAUCAGACCUUUUGGUGUUCAGUUUACUACUCUUCUGCUAGUAUCUGUACCCUGUUUUCUGAUGCUUUGUCUCUCUAUCUAGUCCUCAGUUUUAGGACACUUUCCAUUGUCAUUGAGUUAUACAUGAGUGUCAAGGUGCCUAUCGCUUCUUAUUCUGCAAGCUCUACUUAACCACUGGCUGAGAUACAGUGAUGUCUUGGAAUAUUCACAAACAUAAUUUCUCAAGGAAAGAUGGCAAAACAAAAGUCAAAGGAGCAGAAAUUGGAAAGUAAUAGAGAAAAAUAAAUUAACCAUCUUUCCAAUAUGUCCAGUAUUUAUAUCACAGAAUACCAAGUAUUAUGGGGGACGCGGGUGGCGCUGUGGGUUAAGCCACAGAGCCUAGGGCUUGCCGAUCAGAAGGUUGGCGGUUCGAAUCCCCGCGACGGGGUGAGCUCCUGUUGCUCGGUCCCUGCUCCUGCCAACCUAGCAGUUCGAAAGCACGUCAAAGUGCAAGUAGAUAAAUAGGUACCGCUCCGGCGGGAAGGUAAACAGCAUUUCCGUGCGCUGCUCUGGUUCGCCAGAAGCGGCUUAGUCAUGCUGGCCACAUGACCCGGAAGCUGUACGCCGGCUCCCUCAGCCAAUAAAGCGAGAUGAGCGCCGCAACCCCAGAGUCGGUCACGACUGAACCUAAUGGUCAGGAGUCCCUUUACCUUUACCUUUACCAAGUAUUAUACCUUAUCGCUGUCCACUAAAUGCCAGUUUCUGGAAGAUGUAGAUUCAGGCUUUGGGGAAAAGAGUGAAGGUUGAGGAACAGCCAUUAGGAAUGCCUCUUUAUGUGCUUUUGCGUACUUGAUUCUUGAAGUUUAUGACAGAACAUGCGUGCACAGUCAGUCUCAUGGAUAUGCUUAGUCCAGACCCUUUAGAAUUCUCUAUGCACAGCCAGUCCAGACACUAGAGCACUGUUUCUGUCAAUUCAUCCCUUUAGAAGGUAGUCCUCCAAACUGUUGCACAAAAUGCAUUAAAGGAGUUUAACCUUGAAGUUAUGAAGACAUGAAUGAAGAUUUCUAGGUUUACAUCUGUGCAAAAAAUACCAGUUUUUCUCAGCAAUUAGACUGACAGAAAACACCCAUGUCUCUUGUGUUAUCUAGGUUCUGUGAACCUGAAUGAUCAAAUGGAGCCAAAACACUGUCAGUGCUGGGAAUCCUGAUGCCCUCCCAUGUCACAAAGCCUGCCCAUUGACAUAUGUUCAGUCUUACCUGUAUCCAGUCUUUAACCGUACCCAGAUAGUUGGAGCUCACAGAGACUGUUCAACCCAAAACAAAUGAAAAGGGGAGGUGGGAAAGCUGAAUCUGAUUAGCAUCCUAAUGGCAUCCAGUGCUAUGCUUCCAUAUCAUUUUAUUCGGAAAUAUCAAAUGCAUACUGAGCAGAAAUGGCAGCUAGAGUAGUUACUCAUCGGCACUCUCCACUUCCUGCUAAGAACGAGCCAAAUAUAUUGUUUUUCUAUUGUGAUUUCUAUGAGUUAUCUCCCCUAAAAAGAGCAAUUUGCUUGAAAUGCAUUGGGAACUGGAAUUGUUCCAGCAAACCUCUGUAUACCUAUAGGUGUUCGCCAAUAGCUAUUUGCCAAGUGUAGCAAUGCUUCCAUUUUGCUCUCAUCCUACAUAUUCACAUAGCUGCAUUUAAAUUCUGAUUUUUUUUUCAGGUGACGUCCCACAUGAUGGUUGUAGCAUACGGUUAAAUAAAUGAGAAUAGUGAUCUAGUUCAACAACAUUUACAAAUUUCAAUUAUAUAUUUCACAACAUUUAGUGAUUUUUAAUUUGGAUAGAUGAGACCCAUUUACUUUUGUGAGUGUCCUGUUUCAAAAUGAACUUCAAAGAGUUAUUUUAAAACUUGCAGUAAAUGCCAAGUGUGUAUAUAUAGUACUUUGGAUUUCCCCCCACAAAAAAAUAGUUAUAAUGACCACAAAGGGUAAUGGUAAUUAUGAUGACCACAAAGGACUGCCAUCUCAUUAAAGAAAUCUUAGUUGCUUUAAAUUUGCUUAUGAGUAAACAGUCAUUCUGAAGAAAAAUCCUGCUAUGUUCUAGAUACUGUGUAUUCACAGUAUAGAAAGGAAGAGAGAAUACCCCUUUUAAGACAGUCCUUGAUAUCCAUGUUUUUGUACAUCCUUGUGUGAAAAAGAAAUAUUUGGGUGCUCCAGAUAAUUUGAUUAACCCAAUUAGUUGGAAAAACACUGCAGUCUUAGAUAUUUGGCAUACUAGGGCCAAAAAACUUAGAAUUUAUGUGGAGAAAAAUUAUAUUUUAAACAUCAGCAUAAAAAUCAAAGCUGCCCCUAGAAAUACAGGAAGCAGUCUUAUCCCAGGUUAUGUUAUUUGUCCAAUAAAUCCAGUAUUAUAUACACUGACUGGCCAUGGCUCUGUAUGGUCUCAAGAAGAAAUCUUUCCUAUCAGCUGCUACCUGAUCCUUCUUGCUAGAGAUACCAGGGGUCGAACCUGAAACUUUCAGCCUGCAAAGCUGAAUGGUGUGUAUGUACACAGCAUACAUUUAAAGCACGUAACUGCCUCAAAACGAUCCUGGGAACUGCAGUUUGUUGAGGGAGCUGGAUAUUGUAGCUCUUUAAGUGGGAACUACAGUUCCCAGGAUUCUUUGAGGGAAGCCAUGUGCUGUAAACAUAGAGUAUCUACCCAGCCAUAGUGUAUAAUUUUUCUUCUGUUUGUCACCAUCCAGUGACCCAGAACGCUGAGGUGCUACCCAGUUACAGACAUUGUUACCUGUGAAACACUCUUUUUUAUUUCUCUUUCCCCCUGCCUUCCCAGUCUCUGCUGGUUUAUUGGGGGGUAUUAUUAAAUAAUUACUAAGUAUAACUAAAGAAGCAUGGAUUGGGGAAAACAGACUAAACACUGAGGAAUGCAUUCUAUAUGAUAGUGUCUGGUGAUGAGUAAUACACUUUUCUUUUUCCAAGUGCUUCUAUUGAAUCUUCUUUAGAAUUUCAGAGGAAAGUUGAGCCAAACUGUUCCCACUCAGUUACUAGGUUUCUGGAGAAUAGGAUAUCCAGAGGUAUUUUUGGAGGGAAUUACCUUGGAACAAAAGAAUAUUUGAAGGUUUGACUUUUUUUGGCUUAUGAUGACAACACUGUGCUAGACAUUGUAAUGGAAACCCUGAAUUCUAGUCAUUCUACUAGGACAUUUUCACAUACUUACAAGUAUUUUGUCAUAAGGGAACUUUUUGCUAGCCACCAAGAUCGAAACAACAAACCAAGAUAACAUGAGAGUGAGAGUUUUCAAGUCUGCUAUGUUUCACUACUUUAUUUUUUAUUUUAAUAUUUUCCUUUCUACUCUGCUUUGCAGCCAAGAUUAGCUUACAAUCAUUCAAAUCUAUCUUAAGGGUACUAUGUCUCUUCGGGUUAUUGGCAGUUUAGUAUAUGUGCUGCGGAAGCGAGCAUGGGUUAUUGGCAGUUGAUAGGUUUCACGCUCAUCAAGAUAGGAGAGGGUAGAAGGAGCUGGUAGAUUAAGGGGCUGGCUGAUGAUAAAUACAACAAUAGCCCACAGAAGCAAUCCCCCCAUUCAUCUGCAGUCCUUUUACUUGUUUGUUUGUUUAUUAUCUCAGUGUAUUCUGUUUCCAUGCUUAGGCUAUUCUAGAACUUGGUCAAAAGGGCAACAGGUGACGUUUGCAAAUAUUUUCACACCCUCAGAAACCCCUUCCCUUCUUGGUCAUUUAGAGGGGUCAAGAAGGGACAAAAAAAAGCCAUGAGAGAAAUCAGGCAUACUGACACUCUCACUGCAUAGCCAGUCAGGUUUAGUAAAAGGGCCAUACCAUUUGGAUAAAAAAUGCCCUCCCAUUGCCCUCCUUAUAAAUUAUGGGGAGUGGGGGAGAGGAAACAUGUCAGUAUGUUGUCUGGCCAAGUGAUGCUCCAUGUCUUCCCACAAUACACUGCAGUGGUUUCAUUGCAUGCUAGCACAGCCCAACAAUACAAUAGUGUCACUCAAGACUAUGCCUUGAUAGUGGCAUAGUCUACGUUUUCCCUCUUGCUCUAUUCAUAGUGCAAGGGCUUUGUUUGCCAUUAGUGACAUUACCGUGUAGCCAUAUUUGAUUGAUUUUUGUGACAUCACAUUCACUAUGUGGUCCCUGAUUGGUUGGGAUCCUAUAGCUCCUGAACCUUUGGGGCCUCCCAACAGUGUAGUGGAGCGCCCCUCCUCUAACUCUACUGGACUGUCCUUGGGUACACUAACUACAGUGGUGGAGCCACUUUGUCCAGGUAGGGCCUGUGGCUCGAGUCCUAGAAUCCCAGGGUCUGGCUCCACUGGCUCAACAGUCACAGGUUUUGUUCCCUCGAUACCUCUGCAGUUAUUCAGAAAAAAACCAGUGAAAAUGGAACUGAAGCAGCUUGAGUUUGGAAUGCAAACAGGUGCCAAGAAGUAAAAGACCAAAAUAGGAGAAGUGGGGAUUGGAAAUCACUUUACCCCUAAAAAAAAAUCACACUUUUUAUUUCAUAAAUUUUGGGAGUAAAAAUUCUACCUGGCCCCAAUUUCUUUGGAAGUUAUGUGCACACACAGUCAAUAAGAUGCUGGGGACAUUUAGGGUACAAAUUGCAUUAUUUUUUUCAGAAUUGAUGGAAAUUUGCCACCGACAUUAAUAGAUAGGAUUUGCACCAAACUAUUCUUUAUAAUAUUGGGAGCUUUUAACACAUUUUGUAAUGGUUCUUUGAUUUUCCUUUCGGUUCACUGAAUAUAUUUAACCGAGGAGUUGGAGGCUAGUAUAUUAGGACACAUGGCAACCCAGCCUUUUUGCUUCAGUUUUGGGGGCAGCUGCUGAAACAGAUUUCCACUGCAGCAGCUCAAACAUCAUCCUCUCACUUGGUGUAAAACUACCUAUCAAGCUCCCAAGUAUUUUUUUAGAGCUAAUUUAUGCCAGAAGUAGCAAUGACAUCCACAUCUCAUCUCAUUCUGGAAAUACCUGGUGCCUAUGGUGGCAGCUGCCCCACCUUAAGGGGCACGGAUAACUCAGUUCUGGAGCAGGGGACUAAGGCAAUACUUCUGUUUUGUUAAAAAAAAAACCCAAAAAAACUGGAAAAACAGUCAUCCUACAUUGUACUGAAUGCAUUGUCAGGUGUAGAAUUAAUUUUAUUUAAUGUUCCAAGAUUUGAUUCUCCAAAUACUUUGUAUAAUUACUCUCACAGUACUAUUUUGAGGUAGAUCUUUGCAAAAAGCAUACAUUCCUAAUUAUAAUAGGAAGAGACCAGUGAGACCUACAAUAAAAUGCUGCAGUGUAGAGUGCAUUUGUUUGGGGUUCCAGCCAUUCCGUCCCAUUCCUCUUGCACCCUCAGCAGUGAAUCAACAUUCCAUAGCAUCAAGCCAUUCCUCAUUGAGCUGUUUUGGGCACACCUCCUUGAGACUUUUUUCCUAAAUAUUUUGUGGUGCUUAUGCAAACCUUGGAGUUCCCCAGAGCCUGUUCUUGUGCCUGGAUGGUAAGUGUUGUUUUAGCUAUAUAAGCGGCAUUGCUUACAGUCGUGAGGAAAUAGAGGGAACCAGCCGUCCUCAUAGCCUGAACGUUGAAAACAGAAGGAAUGAAGUAAACAUGUUACCAUGUUUUAUUCCCUUGUUUCAUACACCAUGUGUCAUAAAUGUUCUCCUUCAGGCAACAUGUAUAUCUUUUGUUCAUGUGACUAACAGUAGGUUGUGUGUUCGCCUGCUCACUCUUACAACAGCAGCCUGAAGUUCCAUUCCCAAAACACGGGGGAAUUUGUGACAUGUAGAGUUAUAAAAAGGCAGCGCAUGAUACAUUGAACAGCACGUGCACACGUGUAAGAAACUUUGUUUGAUUUCCGUCUUUGCUAAGCCAGGGAAGGACAGUCAAUAAAAAGGCAGAGAAAUGUUCUGCAUGAAUUAAUGUUGUGCAAAAGUGAAAAUGAAAUAUAGUGUGGUUUAAUUCUAAAGAGUCUAAACAUGCUAAAGAGAAUGCUGUUCCUGUAUUUGCAAGAAGCUACUAACCUUAUCUUAGGCACUCAGAGGUGGCAAGUGGUCAUUUCGUUGCACUGGGAGCUAAAAGACUUGUGCUCAGGUUCUGCACACUUGCCACUCUCAAAACUGUAUAUAGCACUUGAAAUAUCACACAUUAUUGGCUAUCAACAUAUUAACCUAUUAAUAUGUCUCAUACAGACAUGUAUCUCAAACUUUCUCUCCCAAGCCACUUGGUUCAGAAAAGGCCAUGUGUUGCCUAAAUCAAAAGAUGACAAGUUUAACAAUGAGGAAGUCUUCCUCUUGGCACCCCACACAAAUGCUUUGUUAGUAUCAUCCUUGAUUUUUAUUGCUGCCAAAUGGACAGUUUUUGAUUCACAGCAAUUGUUACCCAUUCUUGUAGUUGCAUUCCUUAAACCCAGCCUUUUACCUACCUGGUGCCUUGACUGUACUAAGCUGGUCUGAUGGUGGUUGUAGCCCCAAAAUUCUGGAGGGCACCAGGUUAAAGGGUGUUUUAAUCUAGGUAAUGACUGAAUAUUUAUUUUCAUUAUCAGUUUUAUAAAGGGACUCUUUCAGAGAUUAUUUAGUUGUUAGGGAUUCUUUAAUUUUGAUUUCUGCAUUGCAGGGGGUUGGACUAGAUGACCCCUGAGAUCCCUUCCAACUCUACAAUUCUAUGAUAAAGGGUGGUCCUGAAAUUCCACUAACUACUACUGUUUAAUAAUUAUUACCACUUUAAUUACUGUUCACAGUUAACUGGGAUACAGGGCCUGUUUUGAGUUUGUACGUUAAUUAUUCCUUGUCUGUGUCAGGCUUUAGUUUAAUUACUGAUAAAUCAUAAGAUAACACAUUUUUCAUUGACUUGUAAACUUUUAUUGUGAAAAUACAAAAUUGUUCAAAAUUUUAAUUGCGUAUUUCCCGUAUAAAAAAACCUGCAAAAAAUUAAAAGUAACCAUGAAGUUUAUUCUUUAUUUUAAGUUUAUGAGACAUAAAGACCGUAUUUAAAGUGAAAAUAUGGUCCCUACUUUGCCAGCAUCGCUUAAAACAGGGAUGGUGAACUUGUGCCCCUCCAGGUGUUGUUGGAAAUUAUGGGUGGAAGAUUCUUCUGUCAGAGUAAGCCAUUUCCCUGUGUGUUGUGCUGGGGGGUUCUCUUGACCAUAAGAGUGGAUUUGGGGAGAGUAAAGCCCUGUUGCACUAGUGGCACUGGCUUUUGCUAGUGGAACGGAUUAGUUCUUUCCGGCCCUAUGGAUCCAAAGAGUUACUUUAGGUGCACCCAAGGCUGCAUAAUGAAUUUUUUUUACUAUUUUUCUUUAGUGGCAGACUCCAUGUCAUAUCACAAGCAAUUUUGAAACAUCCCGUCAUUUUCAAAAAUGAUUUCCUUGGUUUUGGGGGAGGGAGCUGUUUGAGAAACUCUAGUGCAAAGCUCCUUAAACCUAUUGAUUGAUUGAAAGAUGAAGCCCAUAAUAUAAAGAAUCAGAUAUUGAUUUUUGUCUUCUUUGUCCUGUCCGGGUGGGUAAAGUGAUCUCAACCUAUGGAUGUUUUCUGAACAGUUGUGUAGAUCUCUAAGAUCAAUUAACAAUUGUUGUGGUUCUACUGCAAUAAUUAAUCAUUAACCAGUUAAUGUUCUCCAAGAAUCUAAGAACAGUCACCACCGUAAUACCUCAGGGUUGUAGAUUUGAUCUGGUGAGCACACAAACCAUUGCAUUGCUUAUGUGAGUGUGUCCAGGGGACACUUCCUGGAUUCACUUCCUGGCUUUCGCUAUAAAAGUAGAUCUGAGAGUGGAAGCAAGACCCAGUUUGCAUGCAGGUAUUGCAGUGCUGUGGACCAUGGAGUGCUGCUUAUGAUUCAUGCAAGCAAGAGCUUUCAAAAUUUGCACCUGUGCGGGCUGCUGUAGGCCAUCAGACUAGUGCACCAUCUGUACAAUGUGAAUUGAAACCUUUCCAGUCGCCACUGCCUGGCUUGUUGAUGGCAUACCAGCGCUAGCUUUGAACUUUAGUGCAUACUGCUUUGAAUAUAAUUCUCUGUUUGUGCAUGUUUGUGUGGUUUGGUUAACGCGCAGAGAACUUCAUUUCUGCAUCUGGGUUUUGGUUUUGCCUGUGGUAAAGGAACUGUCAAGUACUUGCACACUCCUUGUUCACAUUAAACCAUAGUGUAUAAUAAAAAAAGAAUAGAAAACCUAAGAGUUUAACGUGAUAUGGAAACUGGUUCCAAGUAGGAGAAAUAGAUAGCAAAUAAAAUAAAAAUAAAGGUCAACUUCCUGCGUUUAUAUCUGUGAUCUGCUUAGAUGAUCCAGUGACCUAACCUUUGGGUAUUGUUUGAAAGUUCAAAAAAAAAGGAUGUUACCAAUCAAUAAAUAUUGAUCUGAUGAGAAAAGUUUUAGGGGUUUUUUGUGGGGUGCAAAUGGGGAGUCUAGAACAAACACUAGUUAUAAAAUUAUUCAUAAUUUUGCAUGGAAUUCAUUCCUCUUCAGUAAAUAUAUAGAUUAUUUUGUGUAUACUUUGAUAGCUGUCCAAAUAAAGAGCAAAACAAAUAUUAAAAUGAAAGAGAGCUUAUUAAUUUUGGCAGCUGUAGGUUGAGUCAUAACACAAUAUUAUGAAAUGUUUGGUUUUAAAGUAACUUUAAAAUAAUCUCUAAUGUCCAUGCCACUUAAUUGAAUCAUUUAUUGCCUGUUACCAUUAGAAAAAUGUCUUUCACGGAUGGGGAACCUGUGGACCUCCAUAUAUUGCUAGAUUACAAUUCCCAUCUCCCUGAAUGUUGGCCGUGCUGGCAGGGGCUGAUGGGAGUUUGAAUGGAACAGCAGCUAGAAGGGUCAAUUCUGAUUUAAAUGCAUUAUUGAAACCAAUAUAUGAACAAAUGUUAUUCAUGUUUAGAUUCCAAUAAGGAAUCUAGACAAAGUUUGUGUUAAUACAUCUUCUUGCUCCAAACUAGUUUUUGAACAUACAUUGAAAGGUAAUCACAUAUUUAAUAUAGUACAGCAUGGACUGUAUAUAAAACAAUUUUGUAUAACUUUGAAAUCCUUGAAGGAAAAAGAGCUGUCUUUUAGGGCAAUAAAGACAAAUCAAGAUGUAACCUGUCCAAACAAUUAUGCCAUUUCAUAGUUGGGAUAGAUUGUUUCAUUAUUUAAUUUUCUGUGUGAAGUCUCUUCAACAACAGUAUCUUUGUAUUUUAAACAGGCCAUGGUGCUGAUGUCAAGUGUGUUGACUGGCAUCCAACAAAAGGUUUGGUGGUUUCUGGAAGCAAAGAUAGUCAGCAGCCAAUCAAGUUCUGGGAUCCAAAGACUGGCCAGAGCCUUGCUACACUGUAAGUGCAAUUGCAGUUGGUGCCUUGGCUCUUUUUGCCAAAAAAUUCUGGGCCUUCAGCAUGUAUAGAUUUAUUGAAUACUUAUUUAGAAUAUUAUUGCUCAAUUUAUUUGGAAUAAUGUGUGAGGUGGCUGUAAAAAGUGUUGUAACAGCAAUUGAAACAAGGGUUUAGCACAGUUUCUCUAUGAGAAAAUGCCAAAAUGUUCAGAUUUUUUAUUUUAUUUUAUUAUUUUAUUUUUUAUUUUAUUUUAUUUUAUUUCAUUAUGAUGGGGUCAGGGGACACGUUAGAUGUUUAAAAAAAUUAUGCAUGCUGUGGAGAAAGUGGAUAGAAUACUUUUUACUAUUUGAGCUGUUUUGAAGACAAACAGUGGGUUGCUUUAAUUGCUCAUUUCUUUAAAUUAUGCAGAGUUUAUUCUUUUUAUGAUAUAUUCCAGUCAUGCUCAUAAGAACACUGUGAUGGAAGUCAAAUUGAACCUAAAUGGCAACUGGCUACUUACCGCAUCUCGUGAUCACCUCUGCAAACUCUUUGAUAUUCGAAAUCUGAAAGAAGAGCUUCAAGUCUUCAGAGGUCAUAAGAAGGAGGCAACAGGUUAAAAAUAACUUUUGUGUCAGUUGUUUCUGAACUUGGUGGUUGGAUAUUCAAAACCCUUGAAAGUAACUAUGCAAAGUCUGCAUUAUAUCACUUCAGUUUCUAUGAUCUGUAGUUGAUAAGAUAACUAAUACCAUUGCUCAAAUCAAGCAUGCCCAAAUCUUCUGUAUCCUUAAUCCAUUUAGAAAGCUUAUAGCUUCUCCCUCUCUACAACUUUUCCCUUCUCCUAAUCUGUCUGCUACCUUUGAAGCUAUUGAUCACACUAUCCCUCUUGAUGUUAACUCUUCAGAGCACUCCUGUCUUUCUAGCAGCACCUUUUGUCCCUGCUGACAAUUCAGUCUCCACCUCCCAUAUUACCCAUUUUCCUACCCAUUGGCUCUGCCAUGCUGUGUGUGAACUUCAAGUUUGUGUAUUUAUUUCUCCAUACCAUAUCUACAGGUGAAACUCGGAAAAUUAGAAUAUUGUGGAAAAGUUCAUUUAUUUCAGUAAUUCAGCUCUUCUGCAUUACUCGGUCUCAUGUGUCUCGUCUUUCUCUUGGCAAUGCCCCAUAGAUUCUCUAUGGGGUUCAGGUCAGGCAAGUUUGCUGGCCAAUCAAGCACAGUAAUCCCAUGGGCACUGAACCAGGUUUUGGUACUUUUGGCAGUGUGGGCAGGUGCCAAAGUCCUGCUGGAAAAUGAAGUCAGCAUCCCCAUAAAGCUCGUCUACGGAAGGAAGCAUGAAGUGCUCCAAAAUCUCCUGAUAGACUGCUGCAUUGACCCUGGGCUUAAUGAAGCACAGUGGACCAACACCAGCUAAUGGCAUGGCUCCCCAAAUCUCUUUUCUGAUGAGAGCAGCUUUUGCAUCUCAUUUGGAAACCAAGGACCCAGAGUCUGGAGGAAGAAUGGGGAGGCACACAAUGCCAGAUGCUUGAAGUCCAGUGUGAAGUUUCCACAGUCUGUGUUGAUUUGGGGCCAUGAUCAUCACAAUUAUAACAAAUAAAGGCUUGACAUAUCUCACUUUGCAUGUCAUGAGUCUCUCUCAUAUAUUAGUUUCACCUUUUAAGUUGAAUUACUGAAAUAAAUGAACUUUUCCACAAUAUUCUAAUUUUCUGAGUUUCACCUGUAUUCACCUGCAUCUCCUCUCUUCCAACAUCCUACUUGUCUUUGCUUUCUUCUCUGCUUCCCAUCAGUAAGCCUUCUGGCAAGCUGUUGCUUAAGUAGCCUUCUCUCCAUUCAUUAAACGAGGUCCCCCUCCACAGGUCCUCCCAUGAGAACUCCAAAGGCUACUCUGAACUGCCAGUCUCUUUUCCUGCCCCUCCACUGAUGCCUGUUGUCCACUGCUCAUCGCUGCACUGUAAUCCAUCCUCUCUCAUCUAGUCAGAUCCUACGUUACUUACGUUCUAGUACACCAUUGGAAAAAUGUAAAUAAGUAGUAGUAAUUGUGAAUUUCUGCUUUGCAGCUGUGGCCUGGCAUCCUGUUCAUGAAGGGUUCUUUGCCAGUGGAGGGUCCGAUGGCUCAUUACUGUUCUGGCAUGUUGGGUAGGUACCUCUGAUGAGAAAUUACAACUGAGAAGUCAGCAUAGUUUAAUAUUGUCUUUUGAUACUAUAGAAUUAUCCUUGUGAUGAUUUGUGAAUGACUCCAUCCUGAGCUGAAGGGCUUUACUUUAAGAAAUCUAAGUAAUAUAUUGAUUAAUCCAGAGGUUAGGGACCCUCUGACCUGCAGACCAAUAUUGACCCACCAGGGGGUCCACUUUGGCCUACAAGGCCAUUUCCCCCCAACCAUGCCCACCUGCUCAUCAGCUGACAUCACUGGUAAAAUCCUGCUUUGGUUAUGCAUGCCUGUUCCCAGCAAGGAACAGAUGCAUGCGGCUAAGCCAGCAGGGUUUAGUCACAGUUAAAGCCUGCUGAGUUCAAGAGAGCCCUUUUUCAGAGGCUGAAUCCAGGGUAAAGAGCUGGCUGAAAGCCCUUUGCGAAACCAGAGGCAAAACAGGAGUUGGGGGGUAGUGUGAAAGUGCUUUGCAAAAGUGCUUUCAAGCAGCCCAGCAUUCCUAUAGAUGCUGUUUGCAAAGGGCUCUCAGGCAAGCCACAGUGCUUCUGUUUGAACCUCCAGGUUGAGCCUCAGGCUCAAACAGGAACCCUGGGCUACUUGUAAGCACUUUUGCAAGGCACUUUCAAACCUCCCUUCAUGCCUGUUGCCUCCAAGACUCAAACUGGUGGCUCAGACAGGAACAUUGGUGUUGCCUGAGAGGCUUUUGCAAACAGCAUCCCCUGGUUUUAUAGCAACAGGUGAUUGACCGGGGGAGACCUUUCCCACUUGCCAAAUUUGGCCUGCCAAGGAGUAGGGAUAUAAAAGUUUUGCCUGCUAACCAGAAAAGACUCCCCACCUCUCCCCUGAUCCUUGUGGAGAUAAUCACUAAAUAUAUUAAUUUUCUAGUGUAAAUAUUUCUGCCUGAAAGAAUGUGGAUAUGGCUUCUCUUGUUUGUCACAGCAACCUUCUUAAUUAAAACAGCAGUCAAAAUAAGUGUGUGUGUGUGUGUGUGUGUACACACAACCUCUACUAAGUUUUCACAUAAAUAAUAACUUUUGAACAAACAAAUGCAGGUUAAACAUUAAACAAAAUAAGUUUCAUUGAGCAACAUUGUAUUAAAAAAAAAAAAGCAAAUAGGCCUUGAUGCAUCCUUGUUCAUCCAUUUAAGCACUAUUUUUGUAUUAUUUCAGGGUGGAAAAGGAAGUGGGAGGUAUGGAAAUGGCCCAUGAAGGAAUGAUUUGGAGUUUAGCUUGGCAUCCUCUAGGACAUAUUCUGUGCUCAGGAUCAAAUGAUCACACCAGGUAUUUUUAUUUAAAUAUUUUGCUUUGCACUCGUUUGACCUCCGUAACAUUUUGUUUUUCAUUGCUCCACUUACGUUUCUUUGUCGUCAUCAUGCAUUUGUUUGUACCCUCACAAACAUACCCUACCAAGAAGCUUUAAAAGAAAAAUUGUAGUUUACUUAUGCAAUGGGAGAAUAAAAUACUAAGAGUGUUUUCAGGAACUAGCACUCAGUACAUUCCACUUACACAUUCAUACUAAUGCAAUCAGCUGUCAUUCAUGGUACUUUACCUUUCAUCUUGACUAAAAAGAAUACACUGUGAAAUGAAAUGAAAUAUGAUCAUUCAGCAAGCUGGAAGUUUUAACUAGUGAAAGAGACAGGGAGUGAAAUAUAAUACAUUAAAUGUGGAAAAGCUGCAGGAGAUGAUUGUCUUGCCAAAGGCAAGGUGGUUCUUUUAAGAUAGAUUCAGAAGCAAUACAAGUUAAAGAUAGAUUCAGAAGCAAUACAAAAUACACAAGUGAGUGAGAAGAUUAUAUAUUUUAUUCUUAAACAGCAAGCAAUGUAUACAUACCAAGCAAGCACUUCCCUCUGCCACUUGAAAGCCCUCAAGAAGUGGCAAAGCGACUUCCCCAGGUAGCCUCAGUUUGCACUGCCCUGUGGUUGAUCAGUCCCUGCACGAGCUUCAAAGAAACUCUGCCCAAACGGUCCGGUUUUAUAGGUAGCCUGUGUGGCUUCCAAGACUGACUACGCGUAGAUCAUCCAUUAGCCAUCCCCUCCCAGUGCCUCACUUUCUGAAAACAAUGUCCAACAUCAAAGAAGGUACCCAGCACUAUCCUCUGAACUGAUUAAGGCAGCUGUGUGGGGGACUUCACCUCCUCCCAACAUUCUCAGGACAUUAAAGACUGUUCUCACACCAUCAAAAUACUUAACAAGAGCGAGGGAGGGGGAAGGAGUAGAGGCAGGAAGGGUAACCGUGUCAGAUCACUAACUCCUCGAUACAUUUUUGUCAAUGAGGAAGAGAAAAUUAUGAUGUGCAAUAAGAACUCCUUGUGCUAACAGGACUACUUCACUGGAUAGCAGCCCAGAUGUAACACAUUAUUGAACUAGAUUAUUUCUUUUGGCAUGUGUAUUGCUGAACGUAAUGAAAGAGUAACCUGUAAGUCAGCUUUAUUAUAGUUUAUUAUUGUUUUUAUCUCUUUUGAUUGCUCUGAUAGUAUUCAUACUUAAAGGGUGAAGUGUAAUUUUUUAAUAUAUACAUUUUCAAGAUACAGCAGAGUUCUGUACUUGGCACCCAAUAAUUAUUGGCACCCAAUAAUAUGUGAAACAAGCCUAUUGGUUAAGUACAAGUUUACACCAUUGUAAGAUGUUACACAAAUUAUAUUAAUAGUCUGGUUCUGGCUGAUAAUAGCUUUCUACUGUGGCUGUUGAUGCAGAACAGAUUUCCCUUUUCUGCUUUAGAAGCAACUCUACUGCUUAUUUAGGUUUCUUGGAACUAUGUGCACAGCAAGGAGUGGGUACUAUACCUCUACUCUCUACUACUGGCAGAUGGUGAGGGACCACCCAAUUCAGUAGCCAUCACAACUUGAAGUGGUCCAGUAGAAAACAAGAAGAAGCUAAUACACAUUUAAAAUAACUUUAAAAAAACACUUUAGAGUUGGGGGAGGUUAAGAGUUACUGGCUCUGAGUAAUGAAGGCUUAACUUAUAAAUCAACAGAGGAUACUAUCUCUUAGUUUUAUUUUAACAGCAAAUUCUGGACCCGGAAUCGUCCUGGAGAUAAAAUGCGAGAUCGUUAUAAUCUGAACUUGCUUCCAGGAAUGUCAGAGGAUGGAGUUGAAUAUGGUAUAUUUAUUUGUUACACUUAAAUUCCGUCUUUCUUCCAAGGAGUUCGUGGUGUCAUACAUGUCCUCCUCCCCUUUUUUACCCUCUCAACAAUCCUGUGAGACAAGUUAGGCUGUGAGGUGGUGACUGUGAGGUGGUACAUAUUUUGUGCGAGCCACUUUUUCCUGUGGCCUCACCCAUCACAAGCAACACUAGCUGAAAAGGGUUCUUCAACCCUCCUUUAAAUCCUUGCCGGUCAGUAAAAGAGAAAAUAAUGAAAUGGUUGAUUGUAGGAAAUUAAGUAAUAGUGUUGAAACAUCACUGAAUGGGACCUAAGAAAUAUCAUAUAUUUUGUUGAUAACAGUUUACUCUCCCUUUCCAGAUGACCUAGAACCCAAUAGUCUUGCAGUGAUUCCAGGGAUGGGAAUACCUGAGCAGCUGAAACUAGCCAUGGAACAAGAGCAGAUGGGUAAGAGAGAAAUUGUGCCUGCCGUAAUAUGGAUACUUUCCUUGGCGUAACUCCUUGAAUAUAGUGGGACUUGCUAAUAACCAAUAGCAAGAGAAAUACCAGUUGAUAGUAAGAGAAUCCCACCUCUCUGGAAUUGGAUAAAUUUGCAAGAAGAUAUGAGAAGGAACUGGGAAGGUUGGGAGGGUGGGAACCAGAAGGGGUGCAGAUGGGGGAAGAGAGGGGUGGAGGUGAAGAAAGUGGAGAGGGAGAAGGGGAGGAAAACCUAGACGAAGAAAAAGAAGAGGAAGAGACAGAUAACAAGGAACAGUAGAUCGAACUUAGAUUCGACCACUUACUGAUUGUACAUUAAAAAUGACUUUAAAAAUAACCUCAUGGAAUGUGAACGGGCUCAACAAUAAAAAUAAAAGAAACCAAAUUGCUCAUGUAUUGCUUAAAUAGAACCUUGACAUAAUUUGUCUACAAGAAACUCAUGUAACAAGAAAACAUAUAAGAAUUUUAAGUAAUAAGAAAUUAGGGUUGGACUUUGUAGCAUCGGAUAAUGUCAAGAAAAGAGGAGUGGUAUUAUAUAUAAAAGAAAAACUUGAUCCAAAACUAAUACAUAAAGACGAAGAGGGGAGAACGAUAGUAGUACAAAUCACCCAUCAAGGAGAAAAGAUAAUUGUGGUUGGGAUAUAUGCACCCAAUGACAAAAAAUCAGCAUUUUAUUCUGAACUAGGUAACAAAUUGUUAGAAUGGAUGGACCAACAAUUGAUAUUGAUGGGGGACUUUAAUGGAGUGGUUCUCCCAAACUUGGAUAGAUCAAUAAGAAAACAGGAAAUGUGGGAGGGCAAAUUACCGAAAGCCUUCUUCGAAUUAGUGGAAAAUUUGGGACUAAUUGAUGCUUGGAGAUUUAAAAACCCCACGAUAAAACAAUUUACUUUCUUUUCAAACCCAAAUCAAAGCUGGGGGAGAAUAGACCAUAUUUGGAUUUCGAAGGAAUUGACGCAAAGAGUAAUUAAGACUGAAAUCCUCCCACAAACCUUAUCUGAUCACAAUCCAGUAUAUAUGGAGGUAAAAGGAAAAGACUUUAGAAUAUUAAGAUGGAAAAUGAAUGAAAAUCUAUUCAAUGAUCAAAAGAUAGUAAAUAAAGCAAGAGACAAUUGAGGAAUAUUUUAAGUGGAAUUUGAAUAAAGAAACAUCUCUAGAAAUGGUGUGGGACACUGGGAAGGCCGUCAUGAGGGGUUUCCUAAUCCAGAAAAAUAGCAUCUCAAAAAAGAAAAAAGAGAAAAGGAAAGAAGAAAUCUUAUUACAUCUCAUGGAGAAUGAAAGACAAUUAACCAUUAAACCAGGAGAUGAAACAAUAAAACAAAACAUAAGGAUGCUACAAGCUCAAUUUUCUAUGAUAGUGAACCAGGAGAUUGAAUGGAGGAUCAAAAUGAUGAAACAAAAGAACUUUGAAUCAGCAAAUAAGAUAGGAAAAUACCUGGCGUGGCAAUUAAGAGAGAGGAAAAAACAAAACAUGAUAUGUAAGAUAAGGGAUGGAGAAAGGAUAGUGGAGGACCCAAAAGAGAUAAAGAAGAUAUUUCAGAAAUAUUAUAAGGAAUUAUACAAAAGAGAUAGAUAAUGAGAUAGAAGAUUACUUGAAAAAAUACCAGUUGCAACAGAUCACGACUGAAGAAAGAGAAUAUCUAAAUCAGACAAUUACAGAGGAAGAAAUUAGGAAAGUAAUAAAAAAAAUGAGAACAGGAAAAGCGCCGGGGCCAGAUGGUAUCUCGGCUAAAUAUUAUAAAAGUGAUCAACUUUCCCCAGUGCUAUGUGAAGUCAUGAAUAAUGUAUUAAAAGAAGGGAGAAUUCCAAACACCUGGAAAGAAGCGUAUAUCACCUUAAUCCCUAAAAAAGAUGCAGAUGGCUUAGAGCUAAAAAAUUAUAGACCUAUCUCGUUAUUAAAUAACGACUAUAAACUAUUCGCAGACGUACUGGCGGAAAGGUUAAAAAAAGUCUUAAAUAAAAGAAUCCAUAAAGACCAAAUGGGUUUCCUCCCGGGGAGACAAUUGAAAGACAACGUAAGAAAUGUGAUAGACAUUAUUGAAUAUUUGGAUAGUAGAAUAGACAAACAGGCGGCGCUGAUCUUUAUUGAUGCCGAGAAGGCAUUUGACGUCUCCUGGCGUUUCAUGAAGGAAAAUUUUAAAACGAUGGGAAUUGGUGAAGGAUUUAGAAAAGGUAUUGAGGCUAUUUAUCAAGAGCAAAAUGCCAAACUUAUAAUAAACAACAAUAUAUUGGAGGCCUUUGAUAUUGCAAAAGGGACUAGGCAAGGCUGUCCCUUAUCUCCUUUGUUAUUUAUAACAGUGUUGGAAGUGUUUAAUAAAAGGUUAAGGGAAACACCGGAGGUUAAAGGAAUUAAGGUAGGAAGUAAGGAAUUCAAAAUAAAAGCAUUUGCAGAUGACCUGAUAUUAACAUUGGAAGAUCCUAAGAACAGUCUACAAGAAGCCUUACAGAAACUAGAAGAAUUCGGAAAAGUGGCAGGUCUCAAGCUUAACAGGAAUAAGACCAAAAUGAUAACAAAAAAUAUAACCAAGGAAGAUAUAGUAGAGCUAGAACAAAGGACGGGAAUUACGGUUGCUAAGAAGGUAAAAUAUUUAGGAGUGUGGAUCACAGCAAAAAAUAUAAACUUAUACAAAGAUAAUUAUGAGGCUGCUUGGAAGGGUGUCAAGAAAGAUUUAGAAAUCUGGGAGAGAUUGAAACUUUCCUUCUUAGGGAGGAUUUCGGUUAUUAAAAUGAAUGUCCUGCCCAGAAUGUUAUUUUUGUUUCAAACUAUACCAGUAAUGAAAGGACUAAAUCAGUGUAAAGAUUGGCAAAGGAUCUUAGCGAGAUUCAUUUGGCAGGGGAAAAGAUCACGAAUAAAAAUGAAAAUAUUGGUAGAUAAAAAAGAAAGAGGGGUUUUUCUUUACCAGAUUUGAGUUUAUAUUAUGAAGCGGCUUGUUUAACGUGGGUGAAAGACUGGAUAAAGUUAGAGAAUACUGAUAUCUUGGAUUUAGAGGGCUUUGAUAACAGGUACGGGUGGCACUCGUACCUGUGGUACGAAAAGGUGAAAGGUCAUAGAGGCUUUCUAAAUCAUAUAAUUAGAGGACCAUUAUUUCAAGUAUGGGAAAGAAAUAAGAACCUGCUGGAAAAGAAAACUCCAUGGUGGAUCUCACCAAUAGAUGUCUUAACUGUCAAAAAAACUAACAUGGAAGGGAAAAAAGCCACCUAUGAAGAACUUAUCAAUAAAACUGAUCAGGGCAUAAAACUCAAGCCCUAUGAGGAGGUAAAGAAUGUACUUACGGGGUGGCUGCAAUACCAUCAAGUGAAUGAUCUGUUAAAAGAUGAUAAAAAGAAACUGGGAUUUGAAGAUAAAAAAUCUAAAUUUAAUGUGGAAGUCAUAGAAGGUAAAAACAAAACAUUAUCUAGGAUGUAUGACCUGUUACUGGAUUGGUAUACAAAAGACGAAGAGGUGAAGGAGGCCAUGAUAAAAUGGGCCAUAGAUAUUGGUUACAACAUUGACUUUGUAAAGUGGCAAGAAUUGUGGAAUGUAAAUAUGAAAUUCACGGCGUGUACGGCACUAAGGGAGAAUCUCUGGAAGAUGAUUUAUAGGUGGUAUCUCACACCAGUGAAAUUGGCUAAGAUUUACAAACUGAAGAUUAAGAAAUGCUGGAAAUGUAGAGAGGGGGAUGGUGAGUUCUAUCAUAUGUGGUGGACAUGCAGGAAAGUAAAAGGCUUUUGGGAACUGAUUUACAACGAACUUUAAAAAAUUUUUAAAUAUACUUUCCCCAAAAAGCCUGAAGCUUUCCUGCUAGGAAUAGUUGGCAAGGAAAUCAAAAAAGAGGACAAAAAUCUGUUUCUAUAUGCCACAACGGCCGCUAGAACUAUGUUAGCCCAAAGCUGGAAAACAGAAUUAAUACCUACUAUAAAUGACUGGCACAUCAAGAUGAUAAAUUAUGCUGAACUAGCUAGAAUAACAGGAAGACUAAGAGACCAGGAUGACCAGAAGUUUCAUGAAAAUUGGAAUAAAUAUCUGACGUAUAUAAGAGACAAGUAUAGAACUUUGAUGACUCUGGCCGGGUUAGAAUAACUCUAACAGUGUUUGGCAAAUAUGUAAAGGAGAUAAAACACGUAACUUCAGAAAUUAUCUGAUACUUACCAAUGAAGUGAAGGGUAGUCCGAGGCUCGGCGGAGCCUAAAAUAACUGUGUCCUAUAUAUAUGAUUCUUGUAACAGCUAUGUUAUAUGCAACUUAUGUAAUCUAGACUGUAUAUAUGUAUAAUCAAUGGAAAAUUAAUUAAAAAAUUAAUAAAAAUGUAUAAAGCGCAAACGGUCCCACCCCACAAUAGGGAGGCAGGUUCUGGUGAUCUCACUGCAACACAUGCCGUCCAUGAUGGAGGACCCGACUUAUUAAUGCAACCUGUCCAGAAUCCAAAGCAGCUAAGCUUUGGAAACCCUUUCCAGAUGUUAUGGGCUCAUGAAAGGUCAAUGUGGGACUGGGGAGUUGGGCUGCUCUGGGUAGCCACAUGUCUGAUGAUGCAGGCCCCAGCUAGCCUGGUGCCUCCAUGUAAAGCACAAAAGUUUGCAGAGAGGGAGGCUUUGUGCAGACAGUUGCAUGUGGGAUUGCUCCCCGCACCCCACAGAUUUUUACACUGCCAGUACAGAUGCUAGGGAAUAGGGUCAGCUGAUAUGGGUGGUGUCAGGAUCACGCCUGCUCAGCACAACCCUGCUCAUGUAUUGGUCUGAGAGGGAGUGCAACUUCUGAAUAGGGUUAGCAUGCUGAAUACUGUUAUGUACUGAAGUUCUCACCCUGGGCCAGCAGGGGGAUACUGUAGAUAGUUAUACAAAUGAAGGAUCAAAAGUGACGUUCAGUGAUUGGAUAGUUUGUAUGCAAAUGAAGGAUCGAAAGUGACGUUCAGUGAUUGGAUAGUUUUAGAAAGUUGCUACAGUUACGUUGUUCUGGAGCUCUUUAUAAGCAGGCUGACUGAGCUCUUCAGUUCAGUUCUGUUCUGGCCUCUGAAUAAACAAGAGCUGUUUGAAGGAGAGAAAAAAGAAGAUAGUAAGAGAAUCCCAAAUAGGAUUGUGUUGCUUUUCUGAAAAUUUGCAUGAAUCAUAAAGAAAUGGGUUGGAUCUUCUUUUCUCUUCCUUUUUGGCAUCCUUUUGUGCCAAGAAAAAUUUAAAAUUAGCUAAAGGAUUCUGCAACCCCCCCCCCCCCCCAUCUCUGGACGUGAAAUUAAGUUUCCUGAUGACUUUAUUUAUAAAGACAUAAGUUGUUCAUCAUACUGUGUAGAAAUCACUAUUCAAUUCUUUUCAUUGAAGGGAAAGAUGAGACAAGUGAAAUUGAGAUGACUAUCCCAGGACUGGACUGGGGAAUGGAGGAGGUGAUGCAAAAGGACCAAAAGAAAGUACCACAAAAAAAGGUCCCCUACGCAAAACCAAUCCCAGCCCAGUUUCAGCAGGUUAGUAACUAAAUGCAGUGCUAUAACUUCAAAACAUCUUUAUUUAUUUCCACAAUCAGUACCUAUUAGAAUGCAAAGUCCUCCUUGAUGAAUUCUUAAAAGGAGCAAAUAGAUGAUUGACUUCAGCAGCUGGGCCUAAAAUAUAGUGCAGUUGACAUAGUCUGCUUUCAUCAAGUCUCCAGCGUAAAUGCACUUGUCGAUGGAUUCAUCCAACAGGUUUCAAUAACACUGUAACCAUACACCUUUAUUAUCCUAUUCAGGCUUGGAUGCAGAAUAAAGUUCCUAUUCCUUCACCAGCUGAGCCACUGAAUGACCGAAAGGAAGAUCUUAAACUGGAGGAAAAGAAGAAGUCACAGGCAGAGAUUGAGCAAGAAAUGGCAGCACUUCAGUACACCAACCCACAGCUUCUAGAGGUAUGUGAAAAGUCAGGUCACUGAUAAUGUUUGCAUAAAUGCACUUACCGUAUUUUUCGCCCCAUAGGACGCACCUAGUUUUUUGGGGGGGGAAAUAAAGGGGGAAAAAAUUAUUUCCCCCCCCCCCCAUGCGCGGGGGAAGCUCAGCCCCCAGAACAGGCUGCUGCCCCAAGCCUUGCGCGCCCGGCGGGACCUCCCGCCGGGCGCGCAAGGCUUACGGACAUCUGCCCGAAGCAGGGGGCGGGCUCCGCAGCUGGCCCCCUGCUUCGGGCUGCAGGCUGCCGCCCCAGCCUCGCGCGCCCGGCGGGAGGUCCCGCCGGGCGCGCGAGGCUUGCCGACAUCUGUCUGAAGCAUGGGGCGUGCUAUGCAACAUGCCCCGUGCUUCGGGCUGCAGGCUGCUGCCCGCAAGCCUUGCGCGCCCGGCCGGACCUCCUGCCGGGCAUGCGAGGCUUGCGGAUAGCUUCCUAAAGCCUGGAGAGCGAGAGGGGUCGGUGCGCACCGACGCCUCUCGCUCUCCAGGCUUCAGCGAAAGCCUGCAUUCGCCCCAUAGGACGCACACACAUUUCCCCUUCAUUUUUGGAGGGGAAAAAGUGCGUCCUAUAGGGCGAAAAAUACGGUACUCAAACAAAAAAAUAGAGGAAACCAAUGAGGAUAUUGAUAGGCCGUAUUUGCAACAUCACUGCAGCUAUGGGUAACAUAAACUUUUCUGGCUUAAUGAAUGGUCCCAAGUUACAUGAUGCUGUAUGUGGGUCUGCCCUUGAGUACUGCUUGCAAGAGAGGCUAUCUGGGAACCACAUAUAAUCUGAUCUGUGUGCAAGGAUAAGAAUAAUGAAUAAAUGAUUGCCACAAAACCCUCUGAAGAAAGUGGCUUUUUGUUUUUGUUUUUUGCUCCUGACCUGUGUCUUAUCAAGUGGUGUAUGCUGCUGAAGUAAACAUUCCGUUUGAGAAGGUUAUUGCUUCCUAGCUACAUUCUUCAUUUUGCUUUAGUUGAAACAAUAAUUAAAAUUAGAAAUUGCUUGGUUAGUACAUAAUGAAAGCCAUAGUUUGUUUAGCCAAAGUGUGGCUUGUUCGAACAUCUGAGCUCAGCCCAGAGAAUAAUUAUGGUUUGUUUUCCAGUAACAAACUACUAUCGGCAACCAUAGUUUGUAUUUGGCUUGAGAGUCUAGCCAUAUUUUAUCCUUGGAUCGGCAUUAUCUCCAAACCCAACAGUCUUGCUUAACUGUGGGUGGCCACCCCACUCCAGACAUUCACCAAGCUACAGAGGCAACAGGCAAGAGCAGCUAGAGAAUAAAUCAAGCAUUGGAGAAACAAGCAAAGGGAUGUUUGCUUUUCUGUGAGGCUUAGCAUUUGUUGAGCAAGCCAUGGCUUAACACUAAUUGGAACAAGCUACACAGAAAGUGCCCUUUGGUUUCCAAUAGUUUGUCAUAAUUGUGUGGGUGUGUAAAUUAUUUUCUUCUUUUUUUGCAGCAACUGAAGAUUGAAAGGCUUGCACAGAAGCAAGCAGAACAAGGUCAGCAGCAGCCACCUCCAGGAGGACCUGUUCAUGGACCCCAACAUUUCCCAGGACAAAGUCCAAUGUCUCAGGUGCCUCAAGGCUUUCAGCAAGCCCAUCCACCUCAGCAGAUGCCAAUGAAUAUGCCUCAGAUGGGACCUCCUGGGCCACAGGGACAGUUCAGGCCUCCAGGACCUCAAGGACAAAUGGGACCCCAAGGUCCUCCUUUACACCAAGGAGGUGGUGGACCACAAGGAUUUGUUGGGCCUCAAGGACCUCCACAAGGACUUCCAAGACCUCAAGAACUUCAUGGGCAUCAAGGAAUGCAGAGACAUCCUGGCCCUCAUGGACAAAUGGGCCCUCCACCUGGAGGGCCACCUGGUCCACAGACGAAUUCUGGACCUCAGGGUCACUUAGGCCCACCAGGCCCACAGGCUCAUUUAGGUCAACAAGGUCCACCAACACCACAGACCCACUUAGGUCCUCAAGGGCCACCUGGUGGUCAAGGGCCACCUGGGCCAAGAGGAAUGCAAGGACCUCAUGGAGUGCAAGGAGCUCAAGGGAUACAGGGUCCUGUAUCUCAAGGGCCCUUGAUGGGACUUAACCCAAGAGGCAUGCAGGGACCUCCAGGACCAAGGGAGAACCAGGGUCCUGGACCACAGGGGAUGAUGAUGGGCCAUCCACCUCAAGAAAUGAGAGGGCCGCAUGGUUUACUGGGGCAUGGUCCCCAGGAGAUGAGGGGUCCUCCACCUCAGGGUUCAAUGAUGGGACCUCCGCAAGAAUUGCGUGGGCCACCAGGUGCACAAGGACAGCAGGGACCUCCGCAAGGUGCUAUGGUAGGGCCUCAAGGAAACAUGCAAGGGCCACCAGGGCCUCAAGGACAGCAGAACCCUUCAAGGGGGCCACAUCCUUCCCAGGGCCCUCCACCCUUUCAGCAGCAGAAAACUCCCUUGCUUGGUGACGGUCCUCGGGCCCCAUUCAAUCAGGUAUGUCUGGGAAGGAUACUCUUCAUGAGAACAGGUCUGGUCGGGAAGAAAUUAAUACCAUAAUAAAUUGCUGUUAAUAGCAUAAUAAAAUGAUCAGGCAGAGCAGUGAUUUCAGUGGUGUAAAACUCUUUUAAGAACAAAACUGUUGCUAUAACCCUAGUGUAAAUGAAAUUAGAUGGAUUUGGGGGGACACAUGCUGGGGUUUUUUGUAAUCUCAGAAGAUGGGUGAAAUCCAGCGUUGCACCAGCGAAUAUGAUUGAAUUCCCCUUCCUCCCUGCAGUCUCCCAACCGAUUUAUGUCAGCAGAAGUGAGAUACCAAAAUUGCACGUCACCUUAUAUUUUCAUAGUUCCAACAGACUGUUAUGAAAAUGGGGUUCACAGAUAUCUCAAGCAAGUUGAAGUACAUAAUGACCAGUGUAUCAGGAGAUUUCAUUUUUUUUUUUAAUAUUCAUCAGAUUUCCCCCCCAGAAGCAGGUUUUAUUGAUGACCACAAUCCCGAGUGUCAUAGGGUGACACAUGCCAAUCUGGGCUGACAAAACACAUUUUCAACAGCAACCACCUUUGCCUCUUUAUAAGCCAUGGUUGAUUUUUUCAGUAUUUGAUGCAGUAUGAGAAGGUCUCUGAUUCCUUAUAGUGAACUAGAAUGAAAUAUUUUUGUGUUAUGGGCUGAUAGAAGUGAAAAGAGAAGGAGGGGAAUCUCAUAUAUUACUCUAUCUGCACUGUUAUAUCUGAGUUGAACUACAUCACCUGAGUUGUGCGGAUGCUCUCUUAUGAACACUCACUCCCCUAUUGGCAAAUAUAUUUUUGUAAAUUCCUAAAUCUAUAGUCUAUGAGUUUGUUUAUAGGGUGACAGAUGCCAAUGAUUAAAAAUAAAAAAGCUUACAUACUUUUAAAAGGUAUGUAGAAGAGGGAGUUCUAGCAGGGCAAUUUGUUAUUAAGGGCUGAGGAAAGCUGCACCUGCCCAAAAUUCCUCUUCUGUACAAUCACUAAAGUCAAGGAACACCCUUUUGCUCUUAGUAGAUGGUAAAGAAUGCAGACCUAUACAGGAAUGUUUUUUGGUGGGAUCUUAUCCACAUGGUAAUUGCUAGAAUAGGCUGCAAUAAAACCUAAAUGUUUCCUUGAUUUUGACUUCAUUUGUACUACUUAUCUUUUUUUGUCCAGUGUAGCCUGAUUCCACAGUUCGUCUUUUUUUGUUCUGUUCUGCUCUAUUAGCUGUUUCUAGCUGAAGUUAUUCCAAAACUGGGAGAGAAAUCCAUUUUAAUGUUGUUUGGAUUUACCCUUAGAGCAGGCAUGGAAAGCCUCUAGCCCGCAAGCCAAAUUAGGCCCAUCAAGAGUUCUGUGUUCUCCAAGCCAUGCCAACCUGCCCCACACCUGAUAUUUUAGAUCAGUUGGGAACUCCUAAAUACAGUAGAACCAAUCCCUACUGAAAGUUGCCAUCAGUCAGUUGAUAAGUGGUGACUUUAAACCCUGCUGCAUUUUUUCUUUUGGUGGCACAGUUAGAACCCAACUUACACUUAGAUAGGAACCUUCUUUGUAGCUGGGCUUGAGUUCAAGCAAGGUUAUAAAGGAAAAAUGGGUCAUCUCAUGUCCUGGUAACAGGUGAUUGACAGAUGGCCAGUCAAUAUGGCUUGCAGGGGGUGGGAGAGUUCAGGAUCUGGGUUGCUGGCCCCACUUCUGCCUCAUAAUCAGAGGAUGACAACCAUAUAUUGCCUGUUCUACCUAGUAGACACAAGGGAUUUCUGUUCUGCUCUGCUUUGCUCUAUUCUGUUCUUUCCAUGAUUCAUUAAUUCCUAGUUUUUCUUUCUUGCAGGAAGGACAGAAUCCAGGUCCUCCACCAUUGAUACCAGGACUGGGACAGCAUGGAGGCCCAGGCCGCCAUGGCCCUCACAACCAAGGACCUGGUCCUAAUAAAGGUAAUUAAAUUCACUUUUCCUUUAGAACAAAUGGCAUAAGUUCACUAUUAUUGCAAAGCAAGCUUUAGCACAAUUCAGUGCUUUAUAGUUCUUUGGGGCUUUAAUCCAUAGACUAAGUCAGGCAACAUGUGUCUUUAUUUUCUCUCUUACGAUACGCUGGGUCUGGAAUUCUCUCCCCCUGUAAAUAUGUUCAUCCUCUACCCUAAUGAUUUUCUGACAUCAGGUGAAUAUUUCCUUGUUCCUUGUUCCUGGAGCAGUGGGUGGUGCUGAUUUAGGAGAAAUUGUGCUCUUUGCUGGGUUGUAGUAUAAUGUAUACUGGUUUUAGGUUUAUAUUUUAUGGUUGAAGGAUUUCAUUUUGUGAAUUAUUUUUAUUGUUACGUUUUAGUGGAAUAGUUUAAGGUGCUCUGUGAACCUUUAGGUUGAAAAUUAGGGUACAAAUUUACAAAAUUAAAUGAUUAGUAGUGGCGCCCGCCCUGUGGAACGCCCUCCCAUCAGAUGUCAAGGAAGUAAACACCUAUCUGGAUUUUAGAAGACAUCUGACAGCAGCCCUGUUUAGGGAAGUUUUUAAUGUUUGAUCUUUUAUUGUGUUUUUAAUGUUCUGUUGGGAGCCGCCCAGAGUGGCUGGGGAAACCCAGCCAGAUGGGCAGGGUAUGUAUGUAUGUAUGUAUGUAUGUAUGUAUAAUUAAUUAAUUAAUUAAUAUAUUGCCUUUUGGCACAGUAGGGACCAGUGCGACAAACAGCACUCAUAUACUAAUAUAUAAUAUACUAGAAUAUAAUAUAAUAUAAUAUGUGUACCAUUAAAACAGGUAAAAGUUUUAUAAGAAUAUUUUGCUGAUAGUUGUAACUUCAUUGUCUGCACUUACGAAGUACAUUCAGUUAUACCUUUUAUAUUAUUAAUAUUUUGUUACAAAGCACACACACAUAUUUCCUUUAUCUUAAGGUGAUUCUCGUGGGCCGCCAAACCAUCACAUGGGCCCUCUCUCAGAAAGGCGGCAUGACCAGAACAGUGGUGGUCCUGAUCAUGGCCCUGAGAGGGGCCCCUUCCGAGGUGGUCAGGAUUGGGGUGAUGGUAGAGAAAAUAGGGGCAUGCCAGACAGAAGGGGACCUCAUCCAGAGUUCCAUGAUGACUUUGAUCGACCAGAUGAAUUUCGUGAAGACUUCCAUCCAGACAAGCGAUUUGGCCAUCGCUUACGUGAAUUUGAGGGACGGGGAGGCCCACCCCAAGAAGAGAAGUGGAGACGAGGUGGUCCAGGCCCACCUUUCCCCCCUGACCACAGAGAAUUCAAUGAGGGAGAUAGCAGAGGUCCAAACCGUGGACCUCCUGGGCCUUGGGAGGGACGGAGACCUUCAGACGAGAGAUUUCCUCAUGAGCCUGAGGAUGCACGGUACCGAGGAAGAAGAGAUGAAAGGUAAAAAUCAUACAAUGUUUAUUAUUCGAUGAUGAACAGUUAUCUCCUGGUUUCAUAUUAAAAGAAAUGAGCCUCAUUUAAGUGAAUUUGUACAUUUUAUGAAAAUAGAAAUUCCUGUUUGUAGGAACUCAUCAAAUCAUUUAUUAAUAAAAUAAAAUUAUGAAAAUAACAUUUUACAAAGUUCAGUUUUCCUAACGUGAGCACUAGGUCACAGCCAAGUGGACUCAUAGAAUCCAAUUGUAGAGUUGGAAGGGAUUCCAGGGGUCAUUUAGUCAAACCCCCCUUUAUUGUAGGAAUCUCAACAAAAACAUCCAUUACAGAUGGCCAUCCAACCACUGCACAAAAAACCUCCGAGUCUAUUCUACUGUCAAAUAGCUCUUACUGUCAGAAAGUCCUUCCUGAUAAUUAGUUGGAAUCUCCUUUCUUGUAACUUGAAGCCAUUGGUUUGGAUCCUAUGCUCUGGAGCAGGAGAAAACAAGCUUGCUCCAGCUUCCAUGUGACAGCUCUUCAAAUAUUUGAAGAUGGCUAUCACCUCUCAUCUCAGUCUCCCCUUUUCCAGGCUAAACAUACCCAAUGCCCUCAUAAGACUUGGUUUCCAGACCCCUGAUCAUCCUAGUUGUCCUCCUUUGCACACAUUGCAGCUUGUCAAUAUCUUUCUUAAACUGUGGUGCCCAGAACUGGACACAGUAUUUCAGGUGUGGUCUGACCAAGACAGAAUAGAGUGGUAAUAUUACUUCCCUUUAUCUGGACACUAUACUUCUGUUGAUGCAGCCUAUAAUAGUAGUAGCUUUUUUUGCUGCUGCAUCACACUGUUGACUCAUGUUACGCUUGUGGUCCACCAAGACCCCUAGAUCCUUUUCACUUGUACUGCUAGUAAGCCAGGUGUCCCGCAUCCUAUAUUUGUGCAUCUGGUUCUUCCUGCCUAAGUGCAGAACAUUACAUUUGUCCCUAUUGAAAUUCAUUUUGUUACCUUGUGCCCAGUUCUCCAAUCUGUUAAGGUCAUUUUGAAUUGUGAUUCUGUCUUCUGUGGCAUUAGCUACCUCUCCCAGUUUAGUGCUAUCUGCAAAUUUGAUGAGUAUCCCCUCAAUUCCUUCAUCUAAGUUGUUUAUAAAGACACUGAACAACAAUGGGCCCAGGACAGAACCUUUCAGCACCCCACUUGUCAUUUUUUUUAGGAUGAUGAGGAACUAUUAAUGAGUACUCUUUAGAAGUGCGUAGCAAGAGGCUUGGGUAUAAUCAGUGGAACAUUUAAUCAGAAUUAUUGAAAAGCCGCUUUUAUUGAUAAUGACUUUCAUACAACAUAACAUGUAUUUAAAUUUGACUGAUUAAACAAUUGGAAACCAGACAGCUAACUAAAUAGUAUUCAACUGGUUGAAAACUUUAGUUUCUGAUUCCUGGAAAAGGUACAAAGUAAAUAAUGUUUUUUAAUAAUACAAUCCCAUUCCAGCAAUGCGGAGAAAUUGGGCAUUUUUUAUAGUAGUUGGAAUUUCUGAAUAGACAAUGGAAUUUUUCAGCAUGGAGCUAUAUAGCUUCAAGUAUAUUCUUAUGCUAAUUUAUAUUUCUUUGGUUCAGCUAUAGGAGAGGAACACCCUCAAGACAUGAGGGCCGGGGAUCCAGGGGAAGGGACAGCUUUUCUGGGCCUGACGACUUUGUGCCAGAAGAAAAGUUUGACUCCUCAGAGGAUAACGCAAGAGGAAGAGAUCAUGGUGGCCGGGGGCGAGGUCGGGGUGCUGCUAGAGGUAAGAGAGCUUUGAUGGAUAAUUUAUACUCCGCUGAGGAAUGUAUUGGUGCAGUUAGAAUUUUUAUAAUUGUUCUUUCAACUUCUUUGCAUCCUUUGUCCAUUGAUUAUACAGGGGGACGGAAAGGUCUGCUUCCAACGCCAGAUGAAUUUCCUCACUUUGAAGGAGGCCGUAUGGAUGGAAAUCGAGAACCAGGUGAAAAUAUAUUACUUUAUGCAAGACUGACCACCAUCAAAUGUGCUGUCCCUUCUAUUUUCCAGUUGCAGCUUAAUAUAGUUGUUACUGUACUUCAUAAAUAGCCUAAUGGCAUUUAGAAGCACUUCACCAGAUUUUAUAUUAGCAUUUAUCUGAAUACUGUAUUACAAAACAGGGGGAAAGCUGAAUAGGCUACCAUAUGAUCUUUCUUACUGUUUUUAAUUUCUAGAUAGAUACAGAUACAUGGAACUACAGAUUAAAACUGGCCAGGAUUUUCCUAUCAUGAUCCAAUGGUCCUCAGUCUGUUUUAGGUUUCUCCAAAAAGUUUCUCCAGCAACCCCCUUCAGUUCCCUGUUGGGGUAAGGGGUGGGAAAUAUUUAGCACUCUGGCUGAAUCUGGCACACAAAUUUCAACCAAACCUCAUACCUAAGAAGUUUAUCAGCAACAGAUUGCAGAAACUAUCCCAUUUUUACAGAGAAGGCAGAUUAUUUCAGAGAGACACAUUUUUCCUUAAUAUAAUGGACUACGAGGCAGGCCUGUACAGUUCAGAUAAUCGGUAAUGAGACAAAGUUGCUUUCCCAUCCUUGUUGGGUGCUGCAAAAGAGGUUUCCCUUUCUCAGUGCCCAGCAUGCAAAUGCAGAGGGGGUUCCUGUAGAGGAAGAAUGAGCUCUGCUGCUUGAAGUUUUUGAUAAGGGAGGGGUGGAAAGAGGUACUCAUGAACCAUAGAAAGCCACAUUUUUACCAUAAUCUACUCCCCCAGUCUCCUUCAGUAGCACCAAGAGCUUGGUGAUUUUUCUGCAAGCGCUGUUCUUGUUCCUUUCUCACAAGAAAUAUGUCCAUUGCCUGUUUCCCUAUCAAUCUCUAUCCCUUCUCUGUCUAACGAAAGCAGAAAGUACAAUCUCUACAGCAGCUCGCCUGGGGUGGAAAGGGGGUAGAACCUUCACCAUCAGAGAUAGUGGAACAGGAAUUAUUUGUGUGCUUAACUAAGAAAAGACAAUGAGCCAUCUUCCUGAGGUAAAUUGGACGCUACAAAACUUUUAUUCCGUUGUAAUAUUUACAAAAGAUAUUGCUAGAAAGGGGUUCCAAGAAGAGAUUCGUUGCUGCACUGUACCAACAUUUGUCUCUCUUGAUUUUUCCCCCCAUCAUGGUUAGGUCCCCGCCAGGAUCAUCCACCUCAUGAUGGUCAUUCUCCAGCAAGUCGAGAACGUUCAUCCUCAAUCCAGGGAAUGGACAUGGCCUCACUGCCACCUCGCAAGCGUCCCUGGCAUGAUGGACCAGGAACCUCUGACCAUAGAGAAAUGGAAAUUCAAGGAGGGCCUCCAGAAGAGAGGGGAAAGGGUAAAACAUAAUUCUUUGAGAUUAGAGAAUUAUCUCUAGAAAUUUUAAUUUCAAAUAUUAAUGGAAAUAUCAAUUUGGAAAAUGUUGAUUUUAUUUUUUACUGCAUUGAUAUCAAAAUUCCUAUAUGCAGUGUUAAUUUUCCCUACCAAUUAUCUUUAACUCUGCACUGUUUCUGCAGUGGAACAGGAGGCAGGAAACUGAGACACCAUACUUUGAUCUUAUGUAUUGCAUGACUGGAAAGCAAACAAACUAGUGCAUUUUCUUAUUUUAGUUUGCAAUAUUUUUAUUCCAGGGCGUGGGAAGUCAGGACCUUCACAGAGAAUGUCAAAAUCUGGGAGAUCCAGCUCUUUGGAUGGAGAACACCAUGAUGGAUAUCAUAGAGAAGAACCCUUUGGAGGACCACCGGGAGGCAAUAACCCUUCCCGAGGGAGGAGUGGGAGUAAUUGGGGAAGAGGAAGUAACAUGAACUCAAACCAGUCAAGGCGAGGAGGUUCUCGAGGUGGCGGAAGGGGUCGAUAG